UUGAAGGAACCAAAGGAGAGGCCAAAUUUCAGAUCCCAUCCUCUGCCGGCACAGACAGUGCCUGGUACACCGCGACCGCCAUCAACAGGGCUGGCAGAGACACCACYCGCUGUAGAGUCAAUGUGGAGGUAGACUAUGUUGAGCCUGAACCAGAGAGGAAGCUCAUCAUUCCCAAAGGAACAUACAAAGCCAAAGAGAUAACCCCACCAGAGCUGGAGCCCCUCCACCUACGAUAUGGUCAAGAGCAGUGGGAGGAGGGUGACCUUUACGACAAAGAGAAGCAGCAGAAACCCGUGUUCAAGAAGAAGCUGACAUCCAUCAGGAUGAAGCAUUUYGGUCCAGCUCACUUUGAAUGCAGACUGACUCCCAUCGGGGACCCCACCAUGGUGGUUGAGUGGCUGCAUGACGGCAAACCUCUGGCUGCUGCAAACAGGCUGCGCAUGGUCAACGAGUUCGGCUACUGCAGCCUGGACUAUGAAGUGGCUUACGCUAGAGACAGUGGAGUCAUCACCUGUAGAGCCACCAACAAGUUUGGAGUGGACCAGACCUCRGCCACCUUGGUUAUCAAGGAUGAGAAGGGCUUGGUUGAGGAGACACAGCUUCCUGAAGGCAGGAAGGGAGCAUACCGAAUGGAUGAAAUGGAACGCCAGGCUCAUGAAGGUGGACCUUAUGGUGUCACUGCUGAGGAAGAAACAGAGAAAAUGAAACCAGAGAUUGUCCUCCUACCUGAACCAGUGAGUAUUAUGGAAGGUGACACAGCUCGAUUCCGUUGUAGAGUGACCGGUUAUCCAGCUCCAAAGGUUAACUGGUAUCUCAACGGACAACUCAUCCGCAAAAGUAAAAGGUACAGACUUCGUUACGAUGGUAUUUAUUACCUGGAGAUUACAGAAAUCAAAUCCUAUGAUUCAGGYGAGGUUAAAGUUGUAGCAGACAACAUUGUGGGCUCAGCUGAACACACAGUGAAGCUGGAAAUUCAACAAAAAGAGGAUUUCAGAACUCAUCUGCGCCGUGCCCCUGAAGCUAAAGGAGCUGAAGCUGCUCAGGAGGCUGGAAAAAUCCCAUUUGAGGUUGUAAAGGCUGAGAAACCUGUUGAGGAUUCCCAGCUGAAGGAGGUGGUCAAGCUUAAGAAGGCACAGAGAAUUGUGCGUGAAAAGGCCACCGAGGAGUCAGAGGAGCUGAGAAGCAAAUUCAAACGCAGGACAGAGGAAGGCUAUUAUGAGUCUAUCACUGCAGUGGAACUCAAGUCUCGUAAGAGRGAUGAUUCUUAUGAAGAUCUACUGAAGAAGACAAAGGAGGAGCUUCUUCAUCACGCCAAGGAGAAGGAGGAAGCUGAGAAGAAGAAGGAGGAGGAGCGCCGCAAACUUACAGCAAAACCUCUGAAACCAGAGCGAGUCAAGCUCUCCCCCAGCAUGGAAGCUCCUAAGAUCCUGGAGCGCAUCACGAGUCAGACAGUUUCACUGGGCGAUGAAGUCAAGUUCAGAGUCAGAGUCGUUGGUAGACCAGAACCAGAAUGCCAGUGGUUCAAAAAUGGURUUCAGCUGGAAAAGUCUGACCGUGUUUACUGGUACUGGCCCGARGACCACGUGUGUGAACUGGUGAUCAGAGAUGUCACCGUGGAGGAUUCUGCCAGCAUCAUGGUGAAGGCCUCCAGCAAAGCUGGAGAGACUUCAAGCCAUGCUUUCCUGCUGGUGCAAGCAAAACAAGUUAUUACCUUCACCCAGAGUUUGGAAGGGCUCAAUGCCAAAGAGAAGGACACCAUGGCAACCUUUGAGUGUGAAACCAAUGAGCCUUUUGUUAAGGUCAAGUGGCUGAAAAAUAAUGUGGAAAUCUUCUCAGGAGAUAAAUACAGGAUGCACUCAGACAGAAAGGUUCACUUCCUGUCGGUGCUGAUGAUCGAAAUGAGGGAUGAUGCAGAGUACACCUGCAUGGUUAUAGACGAUGAGAACAUCUGGACAAGUGCCAAUCUCGUUGUUGAAGGAGCCCCUCUGGAGAUCCUGAAGCAGCUGGAGAACACAGAGGUGCCAGAGACGUACUCCGGGGAGUUUGAAUGUGCCGUAUCUCGUGAAGAUGCUGAAGGCACCUGGUUUUUUGAAGAUACGCUUCUGUCUCCCAGCGGUAAAUACUCCAUGUCCUCCCGCCGUGGAAGACACACUCUAUCAGUGAAAGAUGUCAAGAAGGAAGACCAGGGAAAAUAUAYCUUCAAAGUGGGCGAAUUCAAGACAAGUGCUACUCUGAAGAUGAAAUUGCGUCCAGUCACCCUGAUGCAGCCUCUGACUGACCUCACAGUUUGUGAGGGUGACAUUGCUCAGCUUGAGGUGAAGUUCUCUCAGGAGAAUGUUGAAGGAAGCUGGAUGAAGACUGGACAGCCAAUCACAGCUUCAGAUCGUGUACAUAUUGUCAUUGACAAACAAACCCACAAACUCCUGAUUGAAGAUGCCAAAAAGGAUGACUUUGGAGUGUACUCAUUUGUGGCUCCUGAUCACGACAUUUCAACCUCUGCAAAGCUGGCCAUUCAGACUAUUGGCAUUUUGGUGCCUCUGAAGGACACAUCUUCCAUUGAAGGCACCAAGGCUGUCCUGGAGGCCAAGAUCUCUGCUCAGGACAUCAGCUCUGUCAAAUGGUACCAUAAUGACAUGCUUCUGGAGCCCAGUGACAGGGUCACUAUGGUGGCAAAGGGAGCCAAGCAGCGUCUGGUCUUCACCAGGACCUACGCUUCGGAUGAAGGACGCUACAAAAUGGUUGUUGGUCGAGUGGACACCAGCUGUAAAUUAACUGUUGAGCCUGUGCAGAUUGUGAAGCCAAUGACAGACACAGAAUGCUCCGAGUCUGAGAACGUCACCUUCCAAGUGGAGGUUUCUCACCCGGGAAUCGACCCUUACUGGACCUUCAAGAACCAACAGCUCAAAUCUGGACCCAAGCACAAGCUGGAGACUAAGAAUCAGAUCCACACUCUGACAGUCAUCAAUGCCAUGAAGGAUGAGGAAGGAGACUACAUGUUUGCUGCUGGUGAGAAGACAUGCAGCGCUUCACUCACUGUAACAGGUGGUGCCAUCAAAAAACCUCUGCAGGAUCUGGUUGUAGCUGAUUCCCAGACUACAGUUCUAGAGUGUCAGGUAGCCAACCCUUCAGCUGAGGGGAAGUGGCUGAAAGAUGGCCAACCUGUUGAUUAUAGUGAAAACAUCCUGAGUGAGGAGGACGGAGCUGUGAGACGGCUUGUCAUCAUCAUCACCAGAGCCACUGAUAUUGGAGAGUACACCUAUCAGGUUGCUACCUCCAGAACCACCGCCUCCCUGAAGGUUGAAGCUGUUAAAAUCAAAAAGACCCUGAAGAACGUGAACGUGGUCGAGACCCAGGAGGCCUCGUUCAGCCUUGAGCUGACCCACGAGAACGUCAGAGGAGCACAGUGGAUCAAGAAUGGUGUUGAGAUCCAGCCCAGUGAGAAAAUAGAAAUCACCACAGAAGGCACAGUUCACACCCUGAAGAUCAAAAACUGCAACACUCAGGAUGAGUCGGUUUACUCGUUCAAACUGGGGAAGCUGUCUGCAAAUGCAAGACUCAAUGUUGAAACCAUCAAGAUCUUGAAAAAGCCUAAAGACAUCACCUCCCUGCUGGGUGCCACAGCUAUGUUUGAAGUGGGGAUCUCAGAGGACAACAUCCCAGUGAAAUGGAUGUUUAACAACGUGGAGCUGAAGAGCAGCGAGCACUACACCGUGCUCUCUGAGAAGAGGACCCACAAACUGAUCGUCCAGGACGUGGACAACAGCAAACAGGGAGAGUACACUGCUGUGGUCGGACACCUGCAGUGCAGCGCUCACCUCAUUGUUGAGUCUCUGAGAGUCACCAAGCCCCUGAAGAGCGUGGAGGUCCCAGAAACCCAGGUGGCCACGUUCGAGUGUGAAGUUUCCCACUUCAACGUGCCGUCCACCUGGCUGAAGGACGGCGUGGAGAUCGAGAUGAGUGAGAAGUUCAGGRUCGUGGUCCAGGGGAAACUGCACCAGCUGAAGAUCAUGAACACCAGCAGGGAGGACUCUGCAGAGUACACCUUCAUCUGYGGGAACGACCGCGUGUCCGCCACGCUCACCGUCAACCCCAUUCUGAUCUCGACUAUGCUGGAGGACCUGAACGCCCAGGAGAAAGACACGGUCACAUUCGAGGUGAAUGUCAACUAUGAAGGAAUCACCUACAAGUGGCUGAAGAACGGUGUGGAGAUCAAGUCCACAGACAGAUGCCAGGCUCGAUGCAAACAGCUGACUCACACUCUGAGCAUCAGGAACGUUCACUUUGGAGACAGUGCCGAGUACAGCUUCAUGGCAGGCUCUGCAGUCACCACAGCUAAACUCUAUGUAGAAGCUCGUGUCAUUGAAUUCACCAAACACCUGAGAGACCUGAAGAUCACGGAGAAGAAGAGGGCCACCUUUGAGUGUGAGGUGUCUGAGCCCAACGUCCAGGUGAUGUGGAUGAAGGACGGUCAGGAGCUGGAGAUGUCUGACAGAUACAAAAUGACCUCAGAUCAGUUUGUGCACCAUCUGGUCCUGCCGUCGGUCCGCAUGUCCGAUGCUGGCGAGUACUCUGCCGUGGCCGGGUCCAGCAUCUCCAAGGGUAGCCUGGGAGUGGAAGGACGAGAUGUUCGGAUCUCAGAACCUGUCAGCAGAGACAUCACAGUUGUUGAGAAGCAAAGAGCCAACUUUGAGUUUGAGGUGAACGAGGAGGAUGUGGAGGGUCACUGGCUGAGGAACGGUGUGGAGAUCCAUUUAUCAGAGGAGGAGAGGUUCAGCUAUGCAGCCAUCAGGAGGGUGCACCGCCUCACCAUUUCUGAGACGUACCGCAGCGACGCCGGCGAGUACACCUUCAUCGCCGGCAAGAACCGGAGCACCAUGAACCUCCAUGUCAGAUUGCCAGAGCUUCCUCAGAUCGUCCGCCACAUGGAGCCCCAGACGGCCAUGUCGGGCCGGUUGGUUCGUUUCUCUGUGCAGGUGAGCGGCCUCCCCCAGCCUCAGGUGUUCUGGUACAGAAACUCCCAGCUUCUGUCCACCAGCUUCAAAUGUAAGUUCCUUCAUGAUGGAGACGAACACACACUGCUGCUGCUUGAAGUCUUCCCUGAAGAUGCCGGCAUCUACAGCUGCGAGGCCAAAAAUGACUAUGGGGAGGCCGCAAGCUCCGCCCCCCUCACGGUAGAAGUUCCUGAGGUGGUUGAAGCUGCACCGAUUUCUGCUCCGGUUCUGGUUACUCCUCUGAAAGAUGUCCUGGUCUCAGAGGGACAUCCUGCCCAGCUGAGGUGCACCGUCUCUGGGGAAGAUGUGCAGGUGGCUUGGUUCUGUAAUGACAGAGAGAUCCGACAGUCGAACAGCUUCAGGAUGUCUCGUUUAGAUGAAACCUGCCUGUUGGAGAUUUCCAGAGUCCUCCCUGCACAUGAGGGAGAGUACUCCUGUAUAGCCACAAAUUCAGCAGGAAUGGUCACAUGUUCUGCUUCUCUGCACCUGGACGAUGAAACAGUCUUAGCUAGCGUGUCGAGCACUGAGGCUGACACUAAGCUGUCUCAGAGACUGGAGGCUCACAAGGAGAGCUUCAGGUCUCUGUCAGUGGCUCAAACAGCCCACAGUGUUGAGUUUUCUGAGACGGUCUCUGAAAGUUCCUCUGCAUCGUGGAAGACAGUUGAGAUUCAGAUGGAGAGUUCAAGCUCUGUGGAGACCAGCUUUGGCUUCAAACUCUGUGCCAGACCCAAGCUGCUGGUGGAGAUGAGAGACGUCCGAGUGAAAAGUGGUGAGAUAGCAGAGUUCAGCUGCUCGUUUGAUGGGCAGCCCUUCACCGGAGUGCUAUGGAAUCAUAAUGGUCAACACUUGGUGGACACAGAGCGGGUGAGGAGCUCUCAGAGUGGGGACUUCUUGUCCCUGGUCAUUCAUGGUGUUGGUGUGGCGGAUCAGGGAGUUUACUGCUGCACAGCCACCAACCAACAUGGUCAGAACAGUUCUUCUGCCAGGCUCACCGUUGAAGCUAAAGAAGCAACCCUCAAAGCAGAGACCCCUAUUCCCACCGAUACUGUUUGUAAAGCAUCUCACGCAGACAGGGAGAGUCCUAGAAAGCUCUCGGACCAAGACAUGCAGGAGUCCAAGGAGAAGAAGGGACCAUUGCCUAAGUCUUCCCAGAGACCUUACAACUUGAUCAGCCAGCUGUUUUUCCCAGAUGUUGUACCUCAUGAUGAGCGGAGUCAUCAGUUUUCCAACUGCCACGAGUAUCUGAUCAAACUCCCCCCUGAGCUGCUGGUUAAAAACAAGGACAGCAGCUCCCUGUUCUGCCUUUUCAAGGGGCUCCCCACUCCUUUUGUCAUUUGGCUUUACAACCAUGUGAAUGUCAAGGAUUCUGCUUCUUACUCUCUGAAAACAGACGGCACUCUUUGCUGUUUAAAUGCUAAUAAUGUGGGACCUGAACAGGAGGGUUCUCACUCUUACAAAAACCUAAGCUCAGCUGGAGAAGCUGAGUGCACCACAGUGAAGAAAGUAGCUGAAGUGGAGAAGGAACCUGCAACCCAGGCAGACGUGAAAGCCAUUUCCAGCUCAGCUGUCACAGUGGAGGAAGAAAGCCAGGAGUCGUACCACACUGACAUAAAGUUACCAGAUACAUUCAGAACGCUUGAACUCAAACCAGAAUCUCAGCACUUCUCUACCACUUUGGAGAAGAAAAAAGAAAGACCAGUUUUCCUCAGUAAACUUUCUCCAGCAGCUGCAACUGUUGGAGAAAUGUUUGUGUUUACUGUUAAAGUGUCUGGUUUUCCAAAACCCAYUGUUCAGUGGUUCCACAAUGGGCAGAAAAUAACCACUUCAUCUUUGUAUACUUUCAUUCAUGAAGAAGAGGUGUGCAGUUUGGUCAUUAACAAAGUUCACAAGGAACUGGAGGGAGAGUACUCCUGCACAGUCAGAAACAGAUUUGGUCAGUCGACCUGCUCUUCUUACCUCUUUGUUCAUCUGCCAGAGCCGCCAAAGGAUGCAAAGACUUUGGGCAAGCCCCCAAAGUUUCUGAAAACUCUGGAGUCUGUUCAGGUGUCUGAGGGGGGAGAGUGUUUCUUCAGAUACAGUCUGACUGGGGACCCUCUUCCUCAGGUUCAGUGGUUCAAAGGCAGCAUCCACAUUGAUCUGAGUGGCUUCUACAUCCUGGUGCACAACCCAGAUGGCUCAGGCUUUCUGAACAUUAAAGGAGUCAGACAGGAGCACAGUGGUAUCUAUACCUGUAAGGCCUCCAACCACUAUGGAGAAGUCUCCUGCAGUGCUGAGCUACUUGUAUUCAGCCAGAAAGUUCCAGAAGAUUCCAUGUUAGUUCAGAAAAUUAAAGAUUUGAAGAUUUCCAUGACUGAACAAAGCACAGAAUACAGAUUAUCCCAGGAAAGGGUGCGAUCUGAUCAGAUGAUUUAUACAAUCAGCACAGAUGAUCGGCAGAUUAUUGCCAGUGAGGAAGUGGGAAAGCUCAAAGAGCUGAAUAUUUCUGCUGCUACUCUUCAUCGGGAACAGUUUACCCACCAAGCAGCCGUUCUGCAAUCACAUGAAGUACAGGAAAGAGUUUCUGUCGCUCCAGCCCACCCUCCUGAGGUCUCAGCUGUUUCUACAAAGCAGCUUCAUGUGGCCACGUUUUUAUCUUCAGUCCAGGAGAAACAAAAGAUCACAGAGGAGCACUCUGAGAGAAUCUGCAGCCCUGAGAUAGUUGAACUUCAGUUUUCCAAAGAAMAGCCAUCAAAAGUCAUGUCAGCCACAUGUGAGGAGAUCCUUCCACUCAGCACAGUCAGAGCCAAAGCUUUGAUUGACCAGACUCCAGAACACAUGCAGACCACUACUGAGCCCAGGCAUCUCGUCAGCAGCCACCAGGUAGAAUCUGCUGUAUCUGUUCUGAACGAACCCUCAGGUGUUCUACACAGACCAGAGGAAGAGAGGGGUUUCAGAGUCAAAGAGGGGGUGAAGAUUUUAUACUCAGCUCAAUCGGCAGGACAGCUGCUGCUCUCAGAAGCUCACUCUGAGCCUCUGCCACCUUUAGACACAGCCAUUACACCUUCAAUUGAAAAUGAGCAACCUAAGCUAAUGUUAGCACCUGUAAGUGAAACUAGACUGACUUUAUCUAAAGAGCAGACCUUUGAAACACAAAGGCCAACAGAGCAAACAAUCAGAGCAAUCAAAGGAAAGAUGUGUAAAUCAGUUACAACCUGUGAAGAGAAAUACCAACUUCAGGCUGAACAAACAGGACAGGUGGCACCUCUAGAACCUCCAGUGAGUCUGCAGCCCCUGUGUGAACUUCAGCAAGUCCUAAACCUGCAGGUUAUUAGUGAUCAGGAUGUUUUACAGUCUGAGGGGAUGCUCAGUGGUAACAAACCCUCCACAGAGCAGGCAGAAGUGAGGACUAGCCCGACUCUGUUGCAUUCAGUGACCCAAGAAGAGCAGAGGACUGUGAUAUGUGAGGGAACUUCAGAGCUUUCAGCAAAGGUUGACUAUACCUCCAUUCAGCCAAAGAAGGAGCUACCUCAACCAAAAUACCUUCAGUCAGUCGAUUCUAGAUUGGUUUUACCCAAAGAGGGAAUACUUACCAUCACAAAACCUGACCAACAGGAGGCAGUGAUGAAACUGGAAAAGGCCAGAAGCCAUGCAGCUACCUCAGAGAUGAGGAGGGAGAUCUCUGCAGAUUAUCACAAACAUAUUGACCUGUCUGUAGAUGGGAUUAAGCUACAACUUCAAACAGAACCCAGGCCUCCAAACAUCCUCAGCAUGUCCUCCCAGCCUCUACAGCUGCCCAAGGAGAUACCUUUUGUUACAGAUUAUAAGCUGCAGAGAGCAUUGGUGCAGAGAGAACACUACUGGAAUAUCAUGCAGUCCGUAAAUGUCACAGACACUCAGACUCUAGACGAGGGUCACACCACUAAUCUUGUUGUUGAUGAAAAAUUCAAGCCCAUAAUCAAAACCGAAGCUAAGAUUCUUAAGAAGCCUGUUUUCAUAGAAGAAAAGGCAGCAGCGACUGAAAGCUGUACCAUCUUAGAAGCUGCUGAGGAGGAUUUUGCGGUUCAAAUACAAGAAGGACAGUCAGUCCGACAAUCAGUACUACUGGAAGAGAAACACAUCAUUAUGGGAGAGCAAUCAAGAGAAAUGUAUAAAUCUGAGGGUUCAUGUGUCAGUGUUAGCACCCAACCUAAACAGGUUGUUUAUGUCCAUGAGUCUCAGGAUUCUCCUUCUCUCCCUAAAGAACUUCAUUUUGUUGUUAACAUCCCUAACCCAACCAGGAGGAACAUCCAGUGUCAGCUCCGACAUGCCCUUCAGUCUGCUGUGGCCACUGAUCAUCCCCUUUUACUGGCGGAAGUCGUAGGAAGGUUAGAGGAGGUGGAAGUUCAGGAAGUCACGGUCCUGAGAGAGGCCAGAAGGACCACAUAUACAUAUCUGAUCACAUCACCUGGUGUCCCAAUGGAGGUUACUCUAUCAUUUGAUGGGGAAUAUCCUCAAACUGCUGACCUCAGGUCUGAACUGCAGGUAGCUCUGAAAGCUAUGGUUUUCCAGGAGCAGCAAAGUCUCGCAUCAGAAGAGCUUGGCAUACUGCAGACUGAAAGGUCUCAGAAGAUUCAUGUCAGCUCAGUACCCUCCAAAGAGAUGUUGUCAUCUGUGGUGGACUCUGUGACGGUGGCAGAGACUGUAGCUGGAUUUGCUGCAGAGAUAUCUCAGUCUGCAGUUGUCAGAACUGAAGCUAGUGCUUCCUUCUCUAGAGCAACAGAUCAGAGUCAGACUGAGACCAGCAAAUCUGUGCUUGUGAGUCAAACAAAGAUCAGGUCAGGGAUUGAUGUCUCUGCUGCUGAAGUAACCAGCACAAAGUCUGUAGACCAGGUUCUUGUCAAACAACAGGUGGGUGGGUUUGUCCACAGAGAAGCCAGGGAAGAGUAUCUUUCAGAGGCCAUCCUGAUCAGUGAGUCCUCUGAUAGUCUGAUUGAUGUUCCUGUUGUCACUGAGGCACUGCAGGAUGUUUGUGCUGAAAAUAACCAGCAGGCUGUCUUUACCACCACUAUUAAGCAUGUUACAAAGGUGAACUGGUUUUUCAAUGGUCAGCUAGUGCAGUCUGGCAAAGAGUUCAAGUGUUCAACAGACAACAACACGUACACACUAGUUAUCAACAAAGUUUCCAAGGAGAGGCAUCAAGGAGAGUAUGUCUGUGAAGCUGAGAAUGAAGCUGGCAGGACUACAACRUCUUCAAGACUGACUGUGGUCACACCAGUAACAGUGAAGCCUGUGUUCAAACACAAACUUGCUCCACUGGAGAUCAAUGUUGGUAACCAAGCCCGGUUUGAAUGCGACACUGCGGAGGCUCCAAACGUGAACUUCAAGUGGUUCAAAGAUGGACACCCCAUCAAAGAAGGGGAUAAAUACAGGAUAAUCAGUCGCUUCACUGCUUCCUCUCUGGAAGUUCUGAGCCCAGCUAAAGAUGACAGCGGCGAAUACACCUGCAAGGCGUCCAAUCAGCACGGCAGUGAUGAAUGCUCCGCCUCUCUGACUGUGACAGAAAAAUUCCCUCCAGCUUUUCUAAGUAAACCUGACACUCAGACUGUGUAUGUUGGAAAGAGGGCACUGAUACAGUGUGUAAUAACAGGAUCUGCUCCUCUGAGUGUCGUGUGGCUCAAAGACCACCAGGUGUUGCCCUCAGUGCCUGCACACUAUCAGACCUCUUGUGAAAAGAAUAAGCACACUCUUGAGAUUCUUCAGCUGGAGGCAGCGGACCAGGGGCUGUAUGUGUGCAGGGCAUCUAAUGAUGUUGGGACGGCUGAGUGCAGCAUGGAGCUGCGAGUUAUUGAUAAGCCCAACUUUGUAAAGCCCCUGGGUCMGGUUGUUGCCGUGGUCGGAGCUCCUCUGCACCUGGACUGUCAGGUGAAUGAGGAUACUGGAGUAACUGUGACCUGGACCAGAGAUGGUAGAAAAGUCCACCAGUCUCCAGACUGUAAACUGUCUUUUGAGAAUAAGACAGUAAAUCUUGAUAUCCUAAAAACCACACUGAAAGAUUGUGGAAAUUAUGUGUGCACAGUUACAAAUGAAGCUGGAAGUGCAUCAUGCUCCACUUCAGUGAAGGUACAAGAACCACCAGUCUUUGUAAAGAGACUGGAAGCAACAACGGUUUGGAAGCAGGGCAGCACAGCACGGCUGCAGUGCACUGUAAAAGGAUCCCCUGAGCUUCACUUUACCUGGUUCUUCAAUAACAGUGAGCUGCCUGCUGCUGGCAGGUACACAGCCAGUUCUAAGGAUGGUGUUGCUGCUCUUGAGAUAAGGGAUGUCACUUUGAGUGAUGGAGGAAACUACAGCUGUGAGGUCCUCAAUGAGUCUGGCUGUGAGAGCUGCAGCACUAAAGUAAUCGUUAAAGAACCCCCACACUUUAAAAAGGACGUACCGUGGAUAGACGCAGUGAGGGGAUCAGUAGCUGUGCUGGAGUGUGAGAUUGCAGGUUCUGCACCGUUUGAUGUGACUUGGAAAAAGGAUAAGAAACGCCUGUCCACAGAUAAAAAGUACAGAAUAGUGUCCCAGGGAUCGCUGACCUCUCUGGAGAUCCACAGGUUUGAGAGCGCUGACUCUGGUGAAUAUGAAUGUGUCGUUUCAAAUGAGGUCGGGUCUGUGACCUCCAGGUCAUCAGUUAAACAGAAAGAGCCACCCAUUUUCUCAAAGAGAGUUGAAAGUGCUUCAGCAGUUUUGGGAACUGGAGUGAAACUUCAGGGAACCCUGAAAGGCUCAGCUCCUAUCUCUGUCAAAUGGAUGAAAGACUCUGAGCUUUUGAGAGAUGAUGAUCCAACAGUCACAAUGUCAUUUGAGAAUAAUGUUGCGAGUAUUUCCUUCUCUUCUCCUGAGAUUAAACAUGGCGGUAAAUACACCUGCCUUGCUGUAAACGAUGCAGGGCAGCAGAAAUGUGAGGCUGUUCUCACCAUUCAAGAACCAGCUAAGAUCCUAGAGAAAGCAGCGUCUAUCAGCGUCACGGCUGGUGACAUGGCCACAUUGGAGUGCACCAUUUCUGGAAGCCCUGAACUCAAAGUAAAAUGGUUCAAAGACGGCAAAGAGAUGAUCAGUGGGCGUAAAUAUAAGAUGUCAGUGAAGGAGAAUACUGCGGUUCUAAAGAUUCUCUCUGCAGAAAGAGGAGACAGUUCAGAAUACAAGAUGGAGGUGUCCAAUAAAGUGGGAAAAGAUGAGUGCACAUGCUCAGUGACUGUUAUAGAUCGUGCAGUUCCACCAUCUUUUACUAAAACUCUAAAAACGAUAGAUGGAAGUGUUGGUAGUGACGUUACCUUGGAGUGCAGAGUUGUUGGGUCUCAGCCAAUGGUCGUUUCUUGGUUCAAAGACAAUAAAGAGAUCCACAGUGAUGCUAAAUAUCAACUGGAUUUCAGUGAAAGUGCAGCCUCUGUGACGAUAAGAAGCCUGGAUACAGUUGAUGGAGGAGUUUUUACAUGUCGUGCUUCUAACGAGGCUGGACAAAAUGAGACCAGUGGAACAUUGACAGUCAAAGAACGCCCAGAGUUUAAAGUGAAACCAGAGUCUCAGAAUGUUUCUCCAGGAUCGAAUGUUGUGAUCACAGCCUCCUUUACUGGAUCACCUCCACUGGUUGUUAAAUGGUUUAGAGAGGAGAAAGAGAUUUUUACUGGAGGAAAGUGUUUCAUUAAAAAAGACACCUCUUCAAGCUCUUUGGAGCUUCAUUCAGUGAAACCCACUGACUCUGCUAAGUAUACCUGCCAAGUUUCCAACGAUGCUGGGAAAGUGGACUGUACCGCCGUCCUCUUCGUGAAAGAAGCCCCCAAAUUUACCAUGAAGUUUGAGCCUUCACGACAGCUCAAAGCUGGACAGCCUCUGAARCUGUCAUGCAAAGUUCAGGGAACUCCUGUUAUUUCCAUCAGAUGGUUUAAAAAUGAGUGUGAAAUCAGUGCUGACCACAGAUACUCCAUGUCCUUUGAUGGGUCAGUAGCUUCUCUGCUGGUAGAACCCUCUUGUGUAGAGGACAGUGGAGAGUUUGUGUGUUUGGCAUCCAGUGAGGCCGGCAGAGACCAGUGCAGCUGCUCAGUAACUGUGAAAGAGCCUCCAGUGAUUGUGAGGCCUUUUGAAUCAGCUGAGCUUGUGAAAGGAUCAAACAUUAUCCUGGAAGGAACGAUUGCAGGCUCCCCUCCUUUUGAAAUAAGUUGUUUCUUCAAUGAGAAACUGAUCAGAAGUGGCAACAAACAUAAAGUCAGUGUGGAUAAAGACACAGUGACUGUUCAGGUCUCAGACUGUGACAGCAGGGAUGCUGGAACUUAUCGCUGCACUGUUGCAAAUGAUGUCGGGGAGGAUUCUUGUUCUUGCCAGAUUUCUUUGAAAGAACCACCAUCAUUUGUUCAAAGACCACAGGACAUGUCCUGCAUUGUGGGCUCUGAUAUCUCUAUGAAGUGUCUGUUGUCUGGAUCACUUCCUAUGACUGUCAGCUGGACCAAGGAUGAUCAUGAGCUCAGAGAAGAUGAGCAUGUUAAAAUGACCUAUGAAACCAACAAUGCUGAGCUGAAUUUGACAAAUGCUCAAUUGUCACAUACUGGGAAAUAUGUUUGUGAGGCUCAGAACAGAGCUGGGACUCAGAGAUGUGCCACUGUUCUCACAGUUACAGAAAAGGUGGUUCCUCCUACAUUCAUUAAGGAACUAACAAAUAUCCAAGCUGUGAUGGGUUCACAGGUCAUAAUGGAGUGCAAAGUGGACGGUUCUCUUCCAUUCUUCACUGAAUGGUAUAAAGGCAAACAAAUUGUCAGUGAGGGACCAAAGUACAAACUUGUUCAAACUGGAAGAAGAGUUUCACUGCAGUUAAAGCUGAGUGAAAGUGGUGAUACAGGAGCGUAUUCCUGUAAAGUUACAAAUGAAGCCGGCAGCUGUGUCUGCAGUGGUGUUCUUACAGCUAAAGUGGCACCAAAGUUUUCAGCUGACCUUCAGCCUCAGAAUGUUCCUCCAAACUCUGACGUGGUCUUCAGAGUUGUCUUUGAAGGAACUCCUCCUUUCACGGUUAAAUGGUUCAAGGAUGACAUCGAACUUGUUGCUGGAGCAUCAUGUGCAAUAAGUCUGAAGACGAAUUCUUCUUCUGUAGAGCUCAUCACAGUUCAGGCUCUACAAAGUGGAGUUUAUUCUUGCCAAGUUUCCAACGAAGCAGGAACAGUGAAAACUUCGGCAGAGUUGGUGGUGAAAGAACGAAAAGUUCCUCCAAACUUCACCAAGAGACCUCCCGAGACCAUGGUGGAGUCAACUGGUAAGGUAGUAAAGGUAGAGGCUCGGGUGUCAGGCUCCCAGCCACUGAUCAUCACCUGGUACAAGGACGAGCAGAAGAUCUCUGCCUCUGACAAAUAUAACAUCAGUUUGAAGAACAACGUAGCUGUUCUGUGUGUCAAAGACUCCAUCGUUUCAGACAGUGGUCUGUACACCUGCGAGGUUUCCAAUGAAGCAGGCAAAGCUUCGUGUCAGGUUUCUCUUAUGCUUUCAGAAACUGCUCAGGCUCCCAAAUUUGAUGUUCCUCUGGAACCAGUGACGGUAACUGAGGGCCAGAAGAUGAGCCUCAAAUGCCACGUGAGAGGCACUGCACCUCUUAGCAUCCAGUGGAUGAAGGACAGAAGAGAGCUGAAGUCCAGUGACAACACCAAAGUCACGUUUGUUGGUGGGACAGCCACCCUGGAGAUCAGUUCUGUGUCAAAGAUGGAUGCAGGAGAUUAUCUGUGCAAGGCCAGCAAUGCUUCUGGCAGUGACUUCUGCAAAUCCAAAGUCACUAUAAAAGACACAGGAGUAAAGGAAGCCCCUUCUGAAGCUGCUCCUCAGGCUGCAGCCACUCCUGUCAAAAGACUUGACAACUUGUUUUUCAUCGAGGAACCCCAAAACAUUUCUGUCACAGAGAAGGGCAUUGCAACCUUCAUUGCCAAGAUUGGAGGAGAUCCAAUCCCCAGUGUGAAGUGGAUGAAGGGCAAGUGGAGACAGGUCACUCCCGGUGGUCGUAUCUCCAUUGAGCACAAAGGACAAGAUGCCAAACUGGAGAUCAGAGAGGUGACCAAGUCGGACUCUGGUCUCUACAGAUGUGUGGCCUCAAACAAACAUGGAGAGAUCGAAUGUGGUGCUGAAAUGGAAGUCACCAAAAAGGAAGAAGUGGAAGGAUUUGGAGACAUAAGAACUAGACUCAAAAAGACUCCUUCCAAACAAAAAAGUCCCAAGAAAGUUGAAGAGAUCAGUAUUGUAGAUCUGCUCAGAGGUCAUGAGCCUAARGAAUAUGAAAGGAUUCUGCGGGAACAUGGAAUCACUGACUUCAGAGCAAUCCUGCAGGCUGUGGAGUUCCUCAAAAAGGAGAAGGAGAUGGAAACUGGAAAAGUGGGUGUCGAGCACGGUGGUCGUGUUGAAGAAGAGGACAUGGCCAAGCUCAUCGAGCAGCUGGAGGGACGUGUUGCUGCUGAGCCUGUCUCUGUGAUGGAGGACAUUAAGGACCAGACUAUUGCAGAGAACCAGACGGCCAUGUUCGAAUGUCAGAUCAGAAUCAACUACCCCGAGAUCACUCUGAGCUGGUACAAGGGCACACAGAAACUGGACAACAGUGACAAGUAUGACAUCAGCAGCGUGGGUGACCGCCAUUAUCUGAAGAUUAAGAAGUGCCAGGUCAAAGAUCAGGGCAACUACCGUGUGGUCUGUGGUCCUCACAUCUCCAAUGCCAAGCUCACCAUCACUGCCGACCAAAUUCAGUUCACUAAAAGCAUCCGAAGCAUCGAAGUCAACAAAUGCCAAUCUGCCACCUUCGAGUGUGAGUUGUCCUUUGACAAUGCCUCUGUCACGUGGUACAAAGACUCACAGGAACUCAAAGAAAGCCUCAAAUAUACCUUUCGGACCGACGGCCGGCGCCACUUUAUGACGAUUUGUAACGUCACUGCAGAUGAUGAAGGCGUUUACUCCGUGGUCGCACAUCUGGAUCCGAUGGGAGAAGCUCGAAGCACAGCAGAACUUUCCCUUGCAGGAAAAGAAAUUGGAUUAGAAACGGUUCUUCAGGAUGUCUCAGAUUCUUUGGUUCUGGUACCGGAGGCAGCGUCCAUGUUUGUUUGUAGAGAGUUUUAUCAGUACGAGGAGCGAACUGAGACUACAGAAGAGAGAAAAGCAGUGGAAGAAUUGAUUGAGAGCACUCAGGUUGGAGUCGGGGAGGCCUUCCCAGCAGUUCCUGGACUUGAUGAAGGAGCAGAGAGGAGAGGCUCUGAGCGUGACGCUCUGCUUCCACCUGGAGUCUCAGAAUCAGAUGCAAGGAAAGCUCAGAGUGACGUUACUGACAUGGCUGCACCUGGWGGAGGAGAACCUGCACCUUCUGAAGUAUUAUACACCAAACCAGAACCUGAACCACAGAAAGUUCCCAGAAAGGUCACUCCUGAACCUCAUGGACCCAAACCAACAGCAGAGGUAGAACUGGUUCCUCCAGAGCCCAAGCAGCUGUCUCAGAAACCAGCAGUACCCAAACCCAAAGUGUCCAAGGCACCAGAAGUUCAACCUGUGAAGAAAACACCAGAGGUUCCAGAACCGAGAGUGCCAGCUGUAGCCAAAGCAGUGGAUACCACAGUCCAUCCAGUCAGUAUGGGGAUUACUCCUCCAAAGACUGAGGAGAUCUUAACCAGAGCACCAGACCUACCAAAACCAGAAGAACCUCAAACAUCUGCAGCUAUGGUUACUCCAUCAGCUCCAGAACAUGGACCAUUAGAAGUUCAAGAGGUACCAAGACCAGAGAAACCUGUAGCCCAGCCAUCUGCUAAAGUUUCUCCAAAGACUGACGCCUCUCCUAAAGAAGCAAAGGCACCUGAACUUUCUGGAAAACUGGACCUGCUGGAGAAAGAAGUUCUAAGGUUUACCUCUAAAAUAGAAGAACCAAAAAUUCAAGAAAAAAUACAAGAAAAGGUUCCAGAAGCAACAAAGAAAGUUCCAGAACCACCUAUGAAGGUCACUGAAACACCAAAGGUGGUUACAGAGCAGAAGGUUCCAGUUGCACCAAAAGUUCUUCCAGAAACACAAAAGAGCAUACCACAACUACCCAAGCUGGUUCCAGAAGAACCCAAGAAAGUUCCAGAACCACUAAAAGUGGUUCCAGAAGAACCCAAGAAAGUUCCAGAACCACCGAAAGUAGUUCCAGAAGAACCCAAGAAAGUGCCAGAGCCACCAAAACUGGUUCCAGAAGAACCCAAGAACGUUCCAGAACCACAAAAAGUGGUUCCAGCAGCACCAAAGAAAGUUCCAGAACCACCAAAAGUGGUUCCAGAAGAACCCAAGAAAGUUCCAAAACUACCAAAAGUGGUUCCAGAAGAACCCAAGAAAGUACCAGAGCCACCAAAAGUGGUUCCAGCAGCACCAAAGAAAGUUCCAGAACCACCAAAAGUGGUUCCAGAAGAACCCAAGAAAGUUCCAGAACCACCAAAAGUGGUUCCAGAAGAACCCAAGAAAGUUCCAAAACUACCAAAAAUGGUUCCAGGAGAACCCAAUAAAGUACCAGAGCCACCAAAUGUGGUUCCAGAAGAAUCCAAGAAAGUUCCAAAACUACCAAAAAUGGUUCCAGAAGAACCAAAGAAAGUACCAGAGCCACCAAAACUGGUUCCAGAAGAACCCAAGAAAGCUCCAAAACUACCAAAAAUGGUUCCAGAAGAACACAAGAAAGUUCCAGAGCCACCAAAAGUGGUUCCAGAACAGAAGAAGUUUCCUGCUACACCUAAAGUUCUUACAGAAACACCAGGAAAGGCUGGAGAAGAACCAAUUGAAGUCCCGGAAACACCUAAAACAGUUACUGAAGAAACAAAAACUUUAGUUGAACUCAAAAAGUUUACAGAACCUACAGCAGAACCUGAAGCUCCAAAAUUAGUGAGAGACAAACUAGAGCCAAGUCUCAGAGCACCUCCACAAAAUCUGGAAGGACUUCAUCAACAACAAGUUCCUCUAGAGACCGAUAUCAGCCGAAGAACAAUCCUGGUUGAAGAUGUUAAGGAGUCUUUUCUUAAAGAAAGUUUCUCUCUGGCAGAUGUUAGAUUAAAGCAGCAGGACGUUCAGAGAUUUGAAAAAGUGCCACUCAUUGGGUCUACUGGAACAGAAGACAGAGCUUUAAAGGGUCAGAUGAAACAACCAGAAGAAGCAGAAGAAGUUUCCAGGUGGUGCAGUGAAGAUCAUCCAAUAAAUCAACCUGACUUUAUGAAGCCAAGCCAAUCAGAGAGGGACUCUGAACUUCAGCUUUCUUUGCCAAGUUUAACUUCCUCCAGUUUUUCAGACUCAUUUCAAGACAAGAGUUUGAGACAAACUGGAAGUAUUUCUCACAGCAGUAUUUCUUCAUCUUUAAAGAAAAAUGAACUUCCAUCACAACAAUUUGAACCUUCAGCUGAAAUUGCUUCAUCAGAGAAAGACGUUUUUCCUGUUUGGCAUGAAAGCCCAUCUGAUAAAGAAGGUAAGAAGAAAUCUCAGGACAAGAAACCAAAUGAAGCUUUAAUAGAACAGAAACAACUGACUGGAUCCUUUGGGACAGCUCACCAUGAAGAAAAUAAAGAAGGAACUGUUUUAAAACAGGAUGUUUUUGCUGAACUGGAAGACGUUUCGACUAAAAAAUCCACAAUACUGCCCACUUUUCAUACGUCACCCUCUUUGUCUGAGGACAGUGUUGGUUUGAAACAACAAACUCCAGCAGCAGCACAAACUGAUUCACCAACAAAAGACACAUCUUUACUUUUUCCCAGAGAGGUUUCUGCCUCUACCAAGAAUUUACCCACACAAGAAAUGAUCCGACCCAAAGGCAAGUCUGUGUCAACUAAAACAUCUCCAACUGUUUCCCCGAAGACACCUGGACCUCCUGACACUCUUUCAUCUCCUGCACAAAGAGACGUCUGGUUUCUUCAAACAUUCCUCUCAGAAGAGCUUCCAGCUGAAACCAAACCUCCAAAUGAAGAAAGAAAGCAAAGAGAUCAGGCAACACAGGCUGAUCAACAACCUGUGAAAGUGUCUCGACCAGAGGAGAAGGAACCAGCACCAGCAGCAAAGCCUUCACCUCCUCCUCCUCCUCCAACCACUCCUGCUCAGAAAGUUGCUUCUCCUGCAGAGAAGACGAAAGCAUCAGAAGCAGAGCUAAAGCCUCCUCCUCCCACUCCUACAAAGGACCUUCCUCCACCUGCAGAGGAGAAGAAAGCAUCRGUGCCAACACCAAAGCCAUCAGUUCCUGCAGCUGUAGCUGCUCCUCCUGCAGAGGAGAAGAAAGCAUCAGUACCAGAAGCGAAGGUAUCAGCUCCUGCUGCUCCUUCAGUCAGAGCUGCUCCUCCUGAAGUGCCUCCUGCAGAGGAAAAGAAACCAUCUCCACCAUCAGAAAAGCCAGCAGUAGAAAAAGUUGUUCCUGUUGAAGCUCCAGUUGCAGUUGAGGAGAAGGAACCGUCUGAAGUCACUGUAAAGACUGAACCUCCCACCGACUAUGAGACAAGCUCUCCACCUGCAGACAAGGAACCAGUUUCAGCUCCUGGACCAACUAAAGUGCCAUCUUUUAAGCCAAAAGAUAAAAUUCCAGUUCAGGAGGGAAAACCAUCAGAGUCACCUAAACUAAAGAGUAAACUCACCAGAAGGCCCAAAGAGACAGAACCAGAAUUAGAGGUCGUUAAGCUGAAGAAGGUUCCAGUGAAACCUCCAGAGCCUGAGAAACAAGUCGUAACACAUGUAACAGAAGUAACACGACAUCAUGAUGAAGAACUAUCAGUUCGUGGGUUGUAUGACAGAGACGACAGAGAGAUAAUAACUCUAGGAAGAACUGAACGAAUUUUCACUGCAGAAGAAAAAACUGUUCAGUUAGGACAAAUUGAGGAGACUGAAAUAGUUAAAGUUGUACAAAAAACAGAGAGCAAAGGAUGGACAAGAACCCUAAAAUCACAAACUGAAGAAGAUUCAGAAGUUCCCAAUGUUGUUAAGAAGAAAAUAACGCAACUACCAAAAGCAGAUCUGCAAAAAGAGUCUGUCCAACUAAAACCGUUUGAAAAACCUGAGAAACCAGAACCAGAGUCCCAGAAGAUCAAACUGAAACCAGUUCCAUCUAAGCCCAAAGUCCUUGAAAAAGAGAUCACAACUCAUACAGCUGAGGUGACAAAGCAUCAUGAUGUUGAACUGACAGCUCAGAAGCUUCGAGACAGAGAGGAUCUAGAGGUAAGAAGACUUGGAAAACCUGAAAAAGUCUUUACUGCAGCUGAAACGGCUCCUGAACUCAGCCAGGUAGACAAACCACAAGAAAAAGAACCAGAAGAAGACAAAUCAAAAUGGAAAAGAACCAUAAAAGAACAACCUGGUAAAGAACCAGAGCCAGAUUUAUCUAAGAAGAAAAUAAAGAAAUUACCAAAGAAGGAUGAAGAACAAGACAUUGUGACACUGAAACCUUUUGAAAGACCUCAAAAACAAGAAGCAGUUGAGCCAAAGACUAAAGACAAGGUUCAGCCUAGACCAGAGACAGAACGUCCUCCUUUCCAAAGAGGGGAGGUGCUGCACAAAGACCAGCCUGAUGUUGCAGUAAAAAGCAGAGAAGAUGCAGAUGUGACCCAGAAAAGUCCUGACCCAACUCUAGAUGACAGCAAAGUCCAACAGGAAACAGCUCCACAGAAAAAGAUUGAUCAAAUACCAAAAGAUACUGCAGCUGAGAAGCUACAAGGAGAGCCUAAAGUCACCAAGCCAGAAAAAGAGAAGAAGCCUCCUGUGGACACAAAGAUACCAAGCCAACCUCCAGGAGGGAAAAUAACCAAAGACACAAAGAAGGAAGAGCUUCAGAAAGUUGAAAAGACUCCUUCACCCACAGUCAGGAAGGAGAAGGUAGGAGACGAAAAGCCCACCAAGCAGCUGAAGAAGGUUGAGCUCAAAAAGACCCCAUCACCAAAGAUUGACCAGCCAAAGAUCCUGAAGACUGAAAAGAAACCAAGUCCUGAAAAAGUAAAAGAGCCUCCCAAAGCUGUUUCACUUAAAACCUCCACUGAAACCUCGACACUCAAACAGGUUCCCAGGAAACCUACAGUGGAGGAGGUCUCUGGCACAGGCCGAGUACCCCUGGGGAAGGAGAUCUCCCCCGGUGCUGUACAGAUGAAGAGGGUGACAACUCAGCCUGAGGAGGAGGUGUUUGAAGAAGAAAGGGUGGGAGAGGAAGCCGAGGAGGAGGAGGAGGAGGCCUGGGGGUGGGAACUGGUUCCCCCAGAGGACUGGGAAAGUGAAGAAGUGAUGGGGGCGCUGGAAACUCCGGGUAUGCCUGGUGCCAGACGAGAUGGAAAACCAACAGAAGAGGCAGCCAAAGGCAGAGGUCGAGGAUUUGGAGCAAGACAGACUCCAUCUCCAGGUGAUGGUGGCAGGGGGCGUGGCCUGAGACCUGGUGGUAGAGGCCCAACACCUCCAGAGGAACCGUUUGCAGGCUUCAAACUGAAAGCUGUCCCCCUGAAGUUCACCAAGAAGAUUCAGGACAUCGUGYUSCAGGAGGCCGAGUCCAUCGGAUCUUCUGCUGUGUUUGAGUGUGAGGUCUCGCCUUCCACUGCCAUCACUUCCUGGAUGAAGGAUGGUGGUAAUCUACGAGAAGGUCCCAAGCACAAGUUCACUUCUGAUGGCAAAGACCGUAAGCUGCACAUCAUUGAUGUCCAGCUGUCUGACACCGGUGAAUACACCUGUGUGGCWAAGAACGCUGGCAAGGAGAUCACAUGCACCGCCAAGCUCAUAGUUGAAGAGCUGCCUGUGAAGUGGUUGAAGGAACUGGAACCAGAAACCACAUGUAUGAAGGGUCAGCCCAUGUACCUGACCUGUGAGCUGAACAAAGAGAGAGACGUGGUCUGGAGAAGGAACGGAGAAAUUCUGAAGAACAAGGCUGGAAAAGUAGCCAUCAACAUCAUCGGUAUGCAGCACGCUGUGACCCUUCAGAACGCCGCAGAGGAAGACGCUGGCAUCUACUCCUGUCAGGUGGAGGGCCAGGAGGACAUCAAGACUGCCACCAACGUCAAAGUGAUCGAAGUCAUCAAGGACUGGCUGGUGAAGCCUCUGAGGGACCAACACGUGAAACCAAAGGCCAAAGCCUCGUUCAAAUGUGAGCUCUUCAAAGACACGCCCAACUGGAAGUGGCUGAAAGGGGAAAACGAGCUCACGCCUUCUGACAAGGUCGAGAUCAACAAAGAUGGAAAAGACAUGACGCUCACCAUCAAUAACUGCCAGCCUGAUGACGUGUCAGACUACACCAUCGAGGUGGAGGACAGAAGAUACACAGCCAAACUCACACUGGGAGAGCGUGAGGCUGAGAUCCUGAAGCCACUGUCAAAUGUGGAGGUGGUUGAAAAGGAGGAAGCCAAAUUUGAAACAGAAAUAUCUGAGGAUGACGUGGUGGGCGAGUGGAAACUGAGAGGCCAGGUGUUGACCAGAUCUCCGACAUGUGACAUUAAAGCCGAAGGUGGAAAACGUUUCCUCACGUUGAAAAACGUGCAGUUGGAUCAGGCAGGUGAAGUGUCGUACCAAGCUCUAAACGCCGUCACCACCGCCAUGCUGACAGUCAAAGAAAUCGAAAUGGGCUUUGUUGACUCGCUGAAGGAUGUUUCUGUGCCUGAAAAGAAACAGGCUAAGUUUGAAUGCACCAUCACUAAGGAAGUGUCAAAGGUUCUGUGGUUCAGGGGAGUGGAAAUCAUCACCCCCAGCCCAAAAUAUGAAAUAUUGGAUGAUGGAAAGAAACACAUGCUGAUUAUAAACAGCUGUGAGUUUGAUGAUGAGGCUCAGUACACCAUUGAAGUGUUGGGCCAAAAAUCCACYGCUCAGCUGAUGGUGGAAGGCAUGAGGCUCAAAUUUGUGCAGCCGCUUCAGGACCAAACUAUCAAAGCAGGUAACACGGUACGCUUUGAUAUUGAGCUGACUCAUGAAAACGUGCCGGUGGUUUGGUACCGAAAYGAAGUCAAACUCCACGUGAGCCGAACAGUUCUCAUACACGUGGAAGGAAAGAAACACACUCUAGAAAUGARGACGUUGAAUCUAGAUGAUACGUGUCAAAUAAAGGCAGAGGCCAAAGGAGUGUCCUCAACAGCCAAACUGACGGUCAUAGAGGGAGACGCCAUCUUUAUUGUGAAGCUGCAGGAUUACACUGCCACCGAGAAAGACGAGGUGACGCUGGACUGUGAACUGAGCAAAGACGUUCCAGUCGUUUGGUAUCACGACGAGAAGGAAAUCAUUGCCUCUAAGUUGGUUGUCAUGAGGUCAGAGGGCACUCGCAGGUCUCUGCUUCUGAAGAGAGUGGGUCACACUGAUCAAGGCAAAUACGUAUGUGACUGUGGAACGGACAAAACCUCGGCCAACAUCAACAUUGAAGCACGUGAUGUGAAGGUCGUAAGGCCGAUUUAUGGCGUGGAGCUUUUCGACGGAGAGACGGCUCGUUUCGAGGUGGAGAUCUCUGAGGACGACGUGCAUGGCCAGUGGAAGCUGAACGGAGAYGUCCUCAGUCCUUCAUCUGACGUGGACAUCGUCGAGGAGGGAGGCAAACACACACUGAUCCUGUACAACUGCAAAGUCCCCAUGACUGGAGAGGUGGCGUACGCUGCAGCCAACGCCAGGUGUUCAGCCAACCUGAAGGUCAAAGAACUUCCUCUGAACUUCCUCACACCUCUGAGUGAUGUUCAGGUGUAUGAGAAGGACGAGGCCAGGUUCGAGGUCGAGGUGUCCAGAACUCCCAAGAGUUUCCGCUGGCUGAAAGGCUCCCAGGAGCUGAUGAGCGACGACAAGUACGAGAUGAUACAGGAGGGCAAAAUGUAUGUUCUGCUGAUCCGUUCGGCCGCCUAUGAAGACGAGGCCAAGUACAUGUUUGAGGCCGAGGACAAGAGGACAACCGGCAAACUUGUCAUUCAAGGAAUUCGCCUGGAGUUUGUGAAACCCAUUAAGGACGUGACAGUGAAGGAGCGGGAAACGGCAGAGUUUAGUGUGGAACUGUCUCAUGACAACAUCACAGUGGUUUGGUACAAAAAUGAYGUCCGUCUUCAUCCCAGUAAAGUGGUUCACAUGACAGAUCAGGGAAAGAUCCACACCCUGGCCUUCAAAGAGGUCACCAUCGAUGACACAUCCAUGAUCCGAGUGGAGGCCAUGGACAAGAACAUGACCGCCAUGCUUACAGUCAUUGAGGGCGACCUGUACUUCACCACCAAGCUGCAGAACUACACUGCAGUGGAGAAGGACCAGGUGAAUCUGGUCUGUGAACUCAGCAAAGCUGUGGCUGAUGUGAAAUGGUUUAAGGAUGGGAAGGAGAUCACUCCCUCCAAAAACAUUGCCAUCAGCACCGAUGGAAAGAAGCGAAUCCUGACAGUCCGGAAGGCAGAGAAGGCCAAUAUUGGAACUUACACCUGUGACUGUGGCUCAGACAAAACGUCAGCAGACCUGAACAUUGAAGAGCGGGACAUCAAAGUGGUUCGUCCUCUGUACAGUGUGGAGGUGACAGAGACAGAGACAGCCAAGUUUGAGACAGAGAUCUCUGAGGAGGAUGUCCAUGGAAACUGGAAGCUGAAGGGAGAAGCUCUGCACCAGUCUGCUGAUGUUGAAAUUAAAGAGGAAGGAACCAAACAUGUUCUAAUUCUUUAUAAUGUUCGUAUGGACAUGGCUGGACCCGUCGACUUCUCAGCCGCCAACGCCAAAUCUAACGCUCAGCUCAGGGUCAAAGCUCGCUCCAUCACGAUGAUGCAACCCCUGAAAGAUGUGACAGUGACAGCCGGAGAGACGGCAACAUUUGAAUGCGAGCUUUCAUACGAAGGCAUCGCUGUGGCGUGGUUCCUGGGAGGAGAGAAGAUGGAGGCCAGCGACCGGGUGAAAACUCGAGUGGCCGGUAGAAUUCACACUCUGACCAUUCGAGACGUUAAGCUGACGGAGGCCGGGGAGGUCAAACUGACCGCCGCAGACUUCCAGACUUCAGCUCAGCUCAUUGUCAGAGAGCCACCAGUGGAGUUCACCAAACCUCUGGAGGACCAGACUGUGGAGGAGGAGGCCACUGCCACACUGGAAUGUGAAGUUUCCAGAGAGAAUGCUGAUGUUCACUGGUUCAGAGAAGGACAGGAGCUCAGAAAGACCAAGAAGUACGACAUGAUCGCUGAYGGACGCAAGAGGGCGCUGCUCAUCCACGACUGCUCACCAGAUGAUGCCAAAAUGUACACGUGUGAUGCCAAAGAGUUCAAGACGUCAUGCUUCCUGGAAGUCACACCCCCUUAUGUGGAGUUUACAAAGCCUCUUCAAGAUGUGGAGGUCAGAGAGAAGGAAUCUGCCAGGUUUGAAUGUGAAGUUUCCCGCGAGUCUGCCAAGGUUCGCUGGUUCAAGGAUGGCAGUGAGAUCAGGAAAGGAAAGAAAUAUGAGAUCAUUGCUAAAGGAGUGCAGAGAAUUCUCAUUAUCCACAAGUCUGUGUUUGAUGAUGAGGCUGAGUACGAAUGUGACGCAAGAACCUCCAAGACCUCCGGGAUGCUCACUGUCAUUGAGGAAGCAGCUACGUUCACCAAGAACUUGUCCAACGUGGAGGGAACAGAAACAGACAGUGUGAAGAUGGUCUGUGAGGUCUCCAAGGCUAAUGCUGAGGUCACUUGGUACAAAGGGGACGAGGAGCUGCCAGAGGGUGGCCGCUACGAUCAGAUCAUGGAUGGACGCAAGAGAAUCUUGAUCAUUAAGGACCUGAGGAUGGCAGACGCUGGGGAGUACAACUGCAGGCUGAGUCCCACAGUCCGGACUUCUGCCACACUUAAAAUUAAYGAACUGGCAGCAGAGUUCAUCUCCCGCCCUCAGAACCAGGAGGUGGUGGAGGGUGAGAAGGCUGAGUUUGCCUGCUCUGUCUCCAAAGACACCUAUGAGGUGAAAUGGUUCAGAGGUGACACAGAAAUUGAAGAUGGAGAGAAAUACAUCAUCAUCAGUGAAGGAAAGAGAAGGGCUCUUAUUGUGAAAAGCUGUGACCUGAAGGAUGAGGGYGGCUAUGUGGCCCACAUCGGCAGCGUUAAGGCCUCAGCUGAACUCUGUGUGAUCGAAAAACUGAGGAUCUUCACUCCAAUCAAAGACACGGUGGUGAAGGAAGGAAGUGAAAUUGUGUUCAACUGUGAGACCAACACAGAGGGAGCCAAGGCUAAGUGGCUGAAGAACGAAGAGACCAUCUUUGAAACCAGCAAGUACAUGAUGGCUCAGAGAGAUAAUGUCUUCUCUCUGAGGAUCAAAGAUGCUCAGAAGGCCGAUGAGGCCACCUACACCGUCUCUCUGAGCAAUCACAGAGGAGAACACGCAAAGUGCAGUGCUAGUGCUAAAGUCACAGAAGAGAAGCUGAAGUUCUUAGAGCCCAUUGAGGACAUUGAGACUCAGGAGAAGAAGACCAUUAGCUUUGUUUGUAAGGUGAACCGGCCUGGGGUUACCGUGCAGUGGAUGAAGGCUGGCCAGGAAAUCACACUCAGCAAACGCCUUGUGUACAGAGCUGAUGGUCUCAAACACACCCUGACCAUCAAGGACUGCGUCAUGGAUGACGAGGGCGAGUACACAGCUGUGGUCGGAGACGACAAGUGUGCUGCUGAGCUGAUCAUCAGUGAGGCGCCUACAGACUUUACAGCACARCUCAAAGACCAGACCAUCACUGAGUUUGAAGACGCAGAGUUCACCUGUAAGCUGACCAAAGAGAAGGCUGUGGUCAAGUGGUACAGGAAUGGACGGGAGAUCAGAGAAGGACCCAGAUAUCACAUGGAAAAGGAAGGCAAGACAUGCAGUUUAAUCAUCAAGGUGUGCAGACCUGAUGAUGAAUGUGAAUACGCCUGUGGUGUGGACGAGAGGAGGACCAGAGCCAGGCUCUUUGUUGAAGAGACGCCGGUGGAGAUCGUCCGACCGCCACAGGACAUGUUUGAACCUCCAGGCUCUGACGUGGUGUUCGAGGUGGAGCUGAACAAGGACCGGGUGGAGGUGAAGUGGAUGAGGAACAACAUGAUUAUUGUCCAGGGAGACAAGUACCAGAUGAUCAGUGAGGGCAAAAUCCACAGACUGCAGGUCUGUGAGAUCAGACCCAGAGACCAGGGAGAGUACCGGAUUGUAGCCAAAGACAAAGAUGCUCGAGCCAAGCUGGAGCUGGCAGCCCUUCCAAAGAUAAAAACCACUGACCAGAAUCUGGUGACCGAUUCUGGAAAACCUUUUGUAAUGAUUGUGCCUUACGAUGCCUAUCCUCGGGCUGAUGCUGAGUGGUUCUUUGAGGGCCAAAGUCUUCCAGUCCAGAACAUUGACACUUCAGUGGACAAGACGGAGUAUCGUCUGAAGAGCCCCAUCAAGGAGGACCAGGGUCGGUAUCGAGUGGUAAUCAAAAACAAGCAUGGUGAGGGGGAGGCAUUCAUCAAACUGGACGUCAUUGAUGUCCCUGGACCCAUAAAGAACCUGAGAGUGGUUGACACCUCAGAUGGUGAAGUCAGCUUAGCCUGGGAAGAGCCUGAGAGCGAUGGAGGCAGCAAGAUUGUUGCUUACAUUGUGGAACGCCGUGAUGUAAAGCGUAAGACCUGGACUCUGGCUACAGACCGUGCUGAUACUCCAGAGUACUGUGUCAGCGGACUCCAGAAGGAUUCUCUAUAUCUGUUCAGAGUCUGUGCUCGGAACAGAGUUGGCAGUGGACCCACUGUUGCCACUGAAGACGCCGUUCAGGCCAAGAACAAGUUCGAUGUUCCAGAUGCUCCAGAAAAUGUUGCAGUGGGUGGGGUGAACAGGUUUGGAGCCACAGUCACCUGGGAGCCUCCCAAAUUUGAUGGCGGCUCUGAAAUCACUGCUUAUGUGAUUGAGCUUCGUGACAGAACUUCUGUGAAGUGGGAGGCAGCCCUGGUGUGUGGGGCCGCUGACCGCUCGGCUACUCUGAACGAUGUGGUGGAACACAAGGAGUACAUCUUCAGGGUUCGAGCUGAGAACAAGGCAGGCAUCGGAAGGCCCAGUGCUGCCACCAACCCAGUCAAGAUCAUGGAUCCUAUCGAGAGGCCAAGUCCACCUCUGAAUCUGAACUACAGUGACCAAAUCCAGACAGCCGUCACCCUGACCUGGGAAACCCCCACAAGCAAUGGUGGGAGCAUGAUCACUGGUUACAUCAUUGAGAAAUGUGAAGAAGGCUCUGAUAAGUGGCUGCGCUGCAACGCCAGACUGUGUCCAGACCUCUUCUAUCGGGUUUCUGGACUGAAGCCUGGUCAGAAGUACCUGUACAGAGUUUGUGCUGAAAACGCUGCUGGGGUUUCAGAUCCAGCCGAGCAUCUUGGACCCCUGCUUGCUGAUGACCCACAUGUCGGUCCUACCUUUGACCUGAGUGGCUUCAGGAAUGGCCUGGAAGUGAUCGUCCCUCAGCCUCUCAUCAUUAGAGUCCCUAUCACAGGACACCCAACUCCCACUGCUAAGUGGACGUUUGGGGAGAAAGAGCUGACCACAGCAGAUGAGCGUGUCUCCAUGGUGACAAAGCCCACAUUUACAGAGCUGACCAUCUCACCAAGUGUCCGUCCAGACAAAGGCACGUACAGCCUGCAGCUGGAGAAUGAUGUCUCGUCCAUCUCUGGAGACAUCGAAGUCAACGUCAUUGCAUGCCCCAGUUCUCCCAAAGACUUCAAGGUGGCYGAGGUGACCCGUCACCAUGUCCACCUGAUGUGGGAGCCUCCAGAGCACGACGGAGGAAGUCCAGUCACCCACUAUCAGAUUGAAAAGAGAGAAGUUUCUCGUAAGACCUGGGCCAAGGUGGCUACUUAUGUUAUGGACCUGGAACACACGGUGACGGAUGUGAUUGAGGGAAAAGAAUAUCUGUUCAGUGUUAUCGCCUGCAACAAGUGUGGACCUGGAGAACCAGCAUACAUUGAUGAGCCCGUCAAUGUGUCCUCACCUGCCACUGUUCCYGAUCCUCCUGAAAACCUGAAGUGGCGUGAUAAGAGUGGAAAGAGCAUCUUCCUUUCCUGGGAACCUCCAAACUAUGAUGGUGGAACCCCAGUCAAAGGCUACGUGGUGGACAAGUGUCAGCGUGGCACCGAUAAGUGGGAGCCCUGCAGUGACCCCAUUCCUGAGCUCAAGUUCCAGGUGACUGGCCUGAUCGAAGGCCAGUGGUAUGCCUACAGAGUCAGAGCCUUGAACAAGUUGGGGGCCAGUAGACCCUGCAGGGCCACUGAUGAGAUCCAGGCUGUGGAYGCAAGAGAACCUCCAGAGAUCCAGCUGGACGUGAAGUUGCUGGCUGGUCUGACAGCCAGAGCAGGGACCAAGAUCGAGCUUCCUGCAGACGUCAAAGGACAACCUGAUCCUCGGGUCAAAUGGACCAAGGCCGACUUGGUCUUGAGAGCCGAUGACCGCAUCACMAUCGACACCCAGCCAGGACACUCCAAAGUUUCCAUAAGCAACACCACCAGAGAGGACACUGCAACUUACAUCAUUGAAGCUGUCAACCUGUGCGGUCGCGCCACCGCAACCAUCGAUGUCAACAUCCUCGAUAAACCAGGCCCUCCUGCUGCCUUUGACAUCUCUGAGAUCACCAACGAGUCCUGCGUCCUAGCCUGGAACCCUCCCAGGGAUGAUGGCGGCUCCCCCAUCACCAAUUACAUUUUGGAGUGUCGUCUGAUUGACAAAGAAGAGUGGGUCAAACUGUCAGCCACAGUGAAACACACCACCUUCAAGGCAUGCAAGCUCUUGGCUCUGAAGGAGUAUGUCUUUAGAGUCAGUGCUGAGAACCAGUAUGGUAUCGGUGUACCAACAGAGCACACACCCAUCAUCGCAAAGUACUCUUUUGAUCCUCCUGGUCCUCCAACCAGAAUCACUCCUUCUGAUAUUGCCAAGGAUGCAGUGACUCUGAGCUGGUUUGAGCCUGACGAGGACGGUGGCAGCCCCAUUACAGGAUACUGGAUUGAGAAGUUUGAUCCAGAGAGUGACAAGUGGAUUCGAUGCAACAAGCUGCCUAUAAAAGACACAAACUUCAGAGUAAAGGGACUCACCACCAAGAAGAAGUAUCGCUUCCGUGUUCUGGCUGAAAAUCUGGCUGGACCUGGACAACCAAGUGCAGAGACAGAUCCUGUCCUCAUUAAAGAUCCCAUUGAUCCCCCAUGGGCACCUGGUAAACCUGUUGUCAGGGAAGUUGCCAAGACCUCAGCUGUGUUAGCAUGGACACGUCCAGAGCAUGAUGGUGGAGCAAAGAUCGAAGGCUACAUCAUCGAGUUCCAGAAAAGCGGAAGUGAAGAAUGGAUCCAGAUUGCAGAGGAUGUUCCUCAGACAGAGCACCAACUGCAGGGUCUGUUGGAGAAGCAGGAGUACUCAUUCAGGGUCAAAGCUGUCAACAAAGCCGGCGAGAGUGAACCCAGCGAACCCAGCGACCCUGUGGUCUGCAAGGAGAGGCUCUUCCCCCCAUCUGCCCCUCAGUGGCUGGAGGUGACCAACAUCACCAAGAUCAAUGCUGAACUGAAAUGGCAGGCUCCUAGCAGUGACGGAGGCUCACCUAUUACCAACUAUGUGGUGGAGAAGAGGGAUGUGAGGCGGAAGGCCUGGCAGGCCGUCGACACCACCAUCAAGGAGCUGAAGUACACAGUGACUCCUCUGAACGAAGGGUCUUUGUACGUGUUCCGUGUUGCUGCUGAGAACGCUGUUGGGAUGGGUGAAUUCUGUGAGCUGGAGGAUGCAGURCUCGCUAAGGACACAUUUACAACUCCCGGACCCCCUUACGCCCUAACAGUGGUGGAGGUCUCUAAGAGACAUGUGGAGCUGAAAUGGGAACCCCCCAAUAGCGACGGUGGAAGACCCAUAACUAAGUAUGUGAUUGAAAAGAAGGAAAAGGUUGGAACUCGUUGGCUGAAAUGUUGCAAGACUCCAGACAAACAGACCCAGUUCAAGGUGACUGAUGUUGAUGAAGGAUCAGAGGUGCAGUUCCAGGUUAGAGCUGAGAAUGAGGCUGGAAUUGGAGACCCAAGUGAACCCACAGUGAUUCUCACCAUUGAGGAUCCAACCAGUCCUCCAUCUCCUCCUCUGGAAGUAACCAUUGUGGACGCCAGCAGAGAACACAUCAACGUCACUUGGAAACCCCCAGCAAAAGAUGGCGGCAGUCCAAUAACUGGCUAUCACGUUGAGGUGGCAGAGGCUCGCCCAGAGCUGAAGUGGCUCAGGGUCAACAACAGGCCCAUUAAAGAGCUGAAGUUCAGGAUCGAUGAUGGAAUCAAACCAGAGAAAAAAUAUGUCAUUAGGGUUCGUGCCAUCAACUCAAUUGGAGUCAGUGAUCCCUCUGAGAUCUCUGACAAGGUCUCAACCAAGGAUCCCGACUGUGCCCCAACUAUGGAUCUAGAGGCACAAGAUGUAAUUGUAGUUGAGGGGGAGAAAUUGCACCUGAACAUCCCCUACAGGGCCAUUCCAACUCCAAAGAUGGUUUGGCUGAAAGACUCUGUGGAGUGUAAAGCUGAUGACAGGCUCUCCAUGACAGUAGAGAUGAACAGUGCUCACCUGGAGCUGCUGAAGUGCAAACACGCUGAUGCUGGUGUCUACACCAUCACUCUGGAGAACAGCCUGGGAACAUGCUCCGGAACCAUCAAUGUCAAAGUCAUUGGACUCCCUGGUCAGUGUAAAGACAUCACCUCCAGUGAUGUCACUAAGAACUCCUGUCAAAUAAGCUGGGAAGCCCCAGAAGAUGAUGGUGGCACGCCAAUUGUCAGCUAUACUCUGGAACGCCGUGAGGCGUCCAAGAAAACAUACAUGCCCAUCAUGUCAGGAGAGAAUGUUCUGACCUUCAACGUCAAAGAUCUUUACAUCAACUGCGAGUACUAUUUCAGAGUGAAGGCUGUCAACAAGGUUGGAGCAGGAGAAUAUCUAGAGCUACGGAACCCAGUCAUCACAGAGGAAAUCAAACAGAAACCAGACCCACCCAUCCAGGUUGAGGCUCAGGACCCCACAUCUAARUCCAUCACAGUCACUUGGAAGGCUCCAGACUAUGAUGGUGGCUGCCCCAUUCAGGGUUACAUCGURGAGAAGAUUGAGAAGGAUGGUGACCGCUACGAGAAAGUCACUCCAAGCCUGGUUCCCGGUUUUUCCUACGUGGUGACAGGUCUGCAGGAAGAGAUGGAGUAUCAGUUCAGGGUCCGUGCUGAGAAUGCUGCUGGACUCAGUGAGCCAUCCCGCAGCACCCCACUCAUAAAGGCUGCAGACCCAGUUGAAAAACCAAAGGUCACCCUGCAUGCUCGUGUGCAGUCAGGUCUCUGCAUUGUAAAGGGCGGGGAGAUCCGCAUCGAUGCCUACAUUUCUGGCUCUCCAUAUCCCAAAGUCACCUGGCUGAGAAAUGAAGAGGAUGUCACCAAAGAGCCCACRAAAAAGAUAAUCCCUGUGGUCAAGAAGAAGAAGAAGACCAAAGCCCUGGUUCCAGAACCAGAGGAGGAGUUUGUGACCCCCAUGCGUGAGCGUCUUGGUCUAGAUAAGACCACAAAAGGCCAGUCGGCUCUGAUGAUCCGUGAUGCUGUCAGAGCUGACCACGGGACCUUCACCAUCAAGGUGGAGAACAUGCAUGGUGCUGCUUCAGCCUCCUGUUUUGUCAACGUCAUGGACAAACCUGGCCGUCCAAUCAACUUCACCUUCGAUGACAUCAGAAACACCUCGGUCAUCUGUAACUGGGAGCCUCCUGAGGAUGAUGGUGGCAGUGAGAUCCUCAACUACAUCCUGGAGAAGAAGGACAACAAGAACGAUGAGAUUGGCUGGAUCACCGUCACCUCCACUCUGAAAGGCACCAGCUUCCCUGUCACCAAGCUGAUUGAAGAGAAGGAGUACAUCUUCAAAGUCAGUGCUGAAAACAAGUAUGGCUGCGGUCCACCAUGCAUCUCUGAGCCAGUUGUUGCCAAGAACCAGUUCAAUCCUCCUGAUGCUCCCAACACCCCCAGAGUGCAUGAGGUGACAGCAAGCUCUGCCCACAUCUCCUGGCAUGAGCCAAAGGAUAACGGCAGCCCAAUCCUGGGCUACUGGAUUGAGAGGAAGGAAGUAAAYAGCAAGCACUGGAGCCGAGUCAACCGGGUCCUCCUCAACUCCCUUGAUGUGACGGUCACAGGACUGAUGGAGGGACUGACCUACAUCUUUAGAGUGUGUGCAGAGAACCUGGCUGGCCCCGGGCCCUUCAGUGAUCCCACUGACCGCAUCGUAGCCAUGGAUGCUAUCCUUCCUCCUGGCCCUCCCUCUCCAUGGAUUGUGGACACUGGAAAGGAUUCUGUUAUCUUGGCCUGGAAGCCCCCAUUGUACAAUGGUGGUGGGGAUAUUCUGGGAUACCAUGUUGAGAAGGCAUUGACCGGAGAUAAGAAGUGGAGCCGCUGCACUGAGUUCAGGUGUAAGGAGCUGACCUACACAGCAACAGGCCUCACAGAAGGAACAGACUAUUAUUUCCAGGUUGUUGCAGUCAACGAUGCUGGCCCCGGAGCUCCAGGUGUUACUCAACCUGUCACGGUCAAAGAACCUGAAGAGUCUCCUGCUGUGGACUUUGACAUCUCUGUGAAGAAUGGUGUGAUGAUCAAAGCCGGCGAUCCUCUGAAGCUUCCUGCUGUGGUGACCGGUCGACCCCAGCCCGAGAUCAAAUGGGCCAAGGAUGAGGCUGAAAUCGACAAAGAGAGGAUGAUUGUGGAGACCGAGGGGAAGAUGAGCACUUUGUUCAUCAAGAAGGCAGUGAGAUCAGACCACGGAAAGUACCAAAUCACCGGUACCAAUAGCAUCGGCACCAAGACUGCAGAGACCAGAGUGGACGUUAUGGAUGUUCCUGGACCUGUGGUUGACCUGAAGACUGUCUUGGUAACAAAGAAGAACAUUGUCCUGACCUGGUCAGAUCCUGUGGACAAUGGAGGCAGUGACAUCAUCGGUUAUGAGGUGCUGAGGAAGGAUACCAACAAGAAGCUUUUCCGUCAGCCCAUCGAGACAGCGUCCUGUAAGUGUGAUGUUCAUGACUUGCUGAGUGGUGAGGAGUAUGUCUUCAGGGUCGUUGCCAGGAACAAGUAUGGUGAAGGAGCUCCUUCAGACCUGGGACCCAUUUUGGCUGAGGAUCCUAAAGGAACACCAUCUGCCCCUGAGAAACUGCGCUACACUGACCGAAGCAAGAGCACCAUCACUCUGACCUGGUUGCCUCCUCGCUCUGAUGGAGGCAGCCCCAUCACAGGGUACUACGUGGAGAAGAUGAGGUCCGACAGCACUGAGUUUGAAGUGGCCAAUCGUAAGCUCUUUACAGAGUGCUGUGGAACAGUUGAGAGCCUUUCUGAGAAGCAAGAGUACCAGUUCCGUGUCAAGGCUGUGAAUGAAAUUGGGGAUGGAGAACCAUCCAAACCAAUCACGGCUACGAUCCAGGACGAUGAACUUUCUCCGGUUAUCACAAUCUUGAAAUACUUCAAGAGCAAUGCAAUCAUCGUGAAGAAAGGAGCAGCCAUUGACAUCCCAGCAGAAGUGACUGGACUUCCUCUGCCAACUAUCCAGUGGAUGAAAGACAACACUGUGAUUGAGAAGCCUGAAGAUGACAAGAUGACAAUGGAGACAGAGGAGGUGAACCGGACCACCCUGAGGACAAAGAUAGCUUUCCCAGAAACCAUCAGACAGGACAAAGGGAGCUACAAGCUGGUAGCUGAAAACUGUUACGGCACAGCUCAGCAUGUCAUUAAAGUUGAGAUCCUCGACCGUCCUCUACCUCCGAGGAAUAUUGUUGUAUCAGACAUCAAAGCAGACUCGUGCUACUUGACAUGGGACGCCCCGGAGGACAACGGAGGAAGUGAGAUCUCCAACUACAUUGUGGAGCGUCGAGACGCCAGCAAGAAGAAAUCAGACUUUGAUGUCCUGACCAUCAACCUGAUUGACAGGAGAUAUGGGGUCCACAAACUGGACUUAAAUGGAGCCUACCAGUUCAGGAUCAAAGCUGUAAACAAGUAUGGUGUUAGUGACGGCUGCGAUUCAGAGAAAGUCCAGCUCCAAGAUCCAUUUGGCCUCCCAGGACCUCCACGUAACCCUAAAAUCAUAGCUGCCACAUCAACCACCAUGACUGUGACCUGGGACCCCCCUCUGGACAACGGCGGCUCCAUCAUCCAGGGUUACUGGCUGGAAAAGAGGGAACGCGGUGCCGUGUACUGGGGUCGGGUUAACCGAGCCCCAGUCACCAAGCCGGCAGUAAAGGGUCUGCAGUACACAGUGCUGAGGCUCAUAGAAGGAACACAGUACCAGUUCAGGGUCUCAGCCAGCAAUGCUGCAGGAGUCGGACCACCAAGUGAGCCCACUGAGUGCCGCUUCGCUGUGGAUCCAUGCAACCCCCCCAGCCCACCUGGUAGCCCUGAGGUUAAGGACAAGACCAAGAGCAGCAUCACACUCACCUGGAGCCCUCCGGACAGAGAUGGAGGAAGCCCAGUCAAAGGUUAUAUCAUUGAGGUCCAUGAGGAAGGCUUUCCUGAUUGGAGGAGAGUAAACCCAGCCGAUAAGCUCCACCCAUCUACUGAAAUCACUGUCCCUGACCUGAAGGAGGGCAAGAAGUGCAAGUUCAGGAUCUAUGCCGUGAAUGAUGCAGGAAACUCAGAACCUGCUAGGACAGCUGACAUCUUGGUUCAGGACAUCCUGAUCGAACCCACCGUUACUCUGGAUGUGAACGUUAACGACCUGCUGACCUGCAGAGCAGGAACCACCAUCAGGAUUCCUGCAACCAUCACAGGACGACCCAUUCCCAAAGUCACCUGGACCUUUGUGGAUGGAACUGCUGAGACCGAGAAGAAGAAUGACCUUCAUACGCUGCCCAUUGACUCAGAGAUCCACUCCACUGACACCACAUCAGUGGUGGUAAUCCCCGAAUGCAAAAUGAGCCACAGCGGUCGAUACAUCAUCAACGCUGAGAGCCCAGCUGGACACAAAGUGGUCAAAGUCCGGGUCACCGUGCUYGAUCUGCCUGGACCACCUAGGGACCUGAAAGUAAGUGACGUGACCAGGGGAACCUGCAGACUCACCUGGAAACCUCCGGAGAAUGAUGGAGGACAGAGGGUGAAGAGCUACUUCAUUGAGGAGAAGACAGUGGGUGGCAAAGCCUGGACAAAGGUGAACCCAGCCUGUGCCACUCAGUCUGUGGUGGUUCCAGACUUGAUCAAUGGUCAAGAGUACCUGUUCCGUGUUCGAGCAGAGAACCUCUUUGGGUUUGGACCGUUUGUUGAGACCACUGAAGGGACCAAAGCCAAAGAUCCCAUCCAUCCUCCAGAUCCUCCAACAAGGCUGAAGAUUCAGAACAUCAGGAAGGGCACCUUGACUUUGACCUGGAAGGCUCCAAGGAAUGAUGGAGGGUCACCUGUUACCCACUACAGCGUGGAUCUGCUCUGCUGGGACUCCAGCGGUCAGAAGGAGUCCUGGAGGAGAUGUAACAGAAGAGAUGUAGACACCACAACCUUCAAGGUGGAGGACCUGAUUGAAGGAAAUGAGUACGAGUUCAGAGUGAUAGCAUACAAUGAGGCUGGCCCCAGUCGACCAUCUACCACUGCUGGACCCAUCCUGCUUCAGGACCAGACCUGUGCUCCAUCCAUCGAGCUCGGGGAGUUCAUGGAGGUGGAGCAGGGUUCGGACAUCAGCAUUGUAGCCAAGGUCCGUGGCUGUCCGUUCCCCACACUCACCUGGUACAAAGCUCCACCACACAAGGCUGACAACAAGGAGAAGGUUCAGUAUGAUGAGCACAUCAACAAGAUCGUGUCAGAUGACAGCUGCACGCUGCUCAUCCAGCAAGGCAAACGCCCAGACACGGGUCUGUACACGCUGGUGGCCUCCAACACUUUUGGCAAGGCCUCCAAGGAGAUGAGGCUCAACGUGCUCGGUCGUCCUGGUCCUCCCUCUGCUCCUAUUAAGUUUGAGGAGAUUGGAGCUGAGAAGAUCACACUUUCCUGGCUGCCACCAAAAGAUGAUGGUGGCUCUAAUAUUACAAACUACGUCAUCUGGAGGCGAGUGGCCAACAGAAAGACUUGGGUGCCUGUCACGAGUGAGCCCAAAGACCGGAUCUGGACGGUAGAAAAUCUCAUGGAGGGACAUGAAUAUGUGUUCCGCAUCAUGGCACAGAACAAGUAUGGUGUUGGGGAGCCACUGGACAGUGAGCCUGAGGUCGCCCGAAACCUUUACACUGUCCCCGGUCAGUGUGAGAAGCCCACAGUAACUAACAUCACCAUGGACUCCAUGACCAUCAACUGGGAGGAGCCUGAGGAUGACGGCGGCACCCCAAUCACUGGUUACUGGCUGGAGCGCAAAGAAACCACUGGCAAACGCUGGGCCCGUGUUACCCGAGACCCCAUCCGUCCCAUGGGAUUUGGUGAAUCGUUUAUAGUGAGCGGAUUAAUUGAAGGAUCACAGUAUUCAUUCAGAGUUUCUGCCAUCAAUUCUGCUGGGCCUGGUCUCGCUAGCCCCCCAACAGACCCUGUCUUUGCCAGAGACCCCAUUUCCCCCCCAUCUGCUCCAACGCCAAAGGUUUCUGAUUGGACUAAAUCUACAGUGGACCUAGAGUGGAUCCCACCUCUGAAGGAUGGAGGCUCCAAGAUCAUUGGCUAUUGGGUAGAGUACAAGGAGGAGGGCACUGAGGCCUGGGUCAAGGCUAAGGAGACUGAAAUCCGAGGCACUCGGUUAGUGAUCACCGGUCUCAAGACAGGUGGUCAGUACAGGUUCAGGGUGAUUGCCUUCAAUGCUGCUGGUAACGGUGAGCCAGGAGAAGUCCCGGAGGUGCUCGAGGUCAAUGACAGAAUCAUUGCUCCAGAGGUAGACCUGGAUGCCUCAGUGAAGGAGAGGAUGGUGGUCCACGCUGGUGGUGUGAUUCGGAUCAUCGCCUAUGUGUCAGGCCAACCAGCACCUGAAAUCACAUGGAGCAGAAACGGAGCUGCACUGCCUCUAGAGGCAAAAGUGGAGACAACAGCCAUCAGCUCUUCUCUUGUCAUCAAACCGUGUGCCAGGAAACACCUUGGGGUGUAUACACUGACCGCUAAGAACGCUGGAGGAGAGAAGACAAAAAACAUCACUGUGGAAGUCCUCGAUGUUCCCGGGCCUGUUGGCAUUCCUUUGAUUGCUGAGAACCUGACCAUAGACUCCUGCAAGCUGAACUGGUUCUUCCCAGAGAAUGAUGGAGGCUCUCCCAUCAGCAACUACCUCAUUGAGAAACGUGAAGCUGAGCGUAAAGCCUGGACCUCACUCUCCUACACUGCCAGCAGGCAGAAUGCUGUGGCUCAUGACCUCACCCUUGGAAAGGCCUACUUCUUCAGAGUGGCCGCAGAGAAUGCCAUUGGCAUUGGACCUUUUGUGGAAACAGCAGCUGAGCUCGUCAUCAAGGAACCAAUUAGUGUGCCAGACCGCCCAGAAGAACUGGAUGUCACCAAGGUUACCAAGGAUAUGAUCUGCCUCACCUGGAAAAAGCCUAAAUUUGACGGAGGUUCUGACAUCACCAUGUACAUCCUGGAGGCACGUAYGAUCGGCAAGGACAAGUUCAACAGACUGACGAAGGAGAAGCUGAUGGACAGGAAAUUCACAUACGAUGGCCUCAGGGAAGGUGACACCUACGAGUUCAGAGUGAUUGCUGUAAAUGAGGUUGGACCAAGCAAACCAUCUUUCUGUACCAAACCAAUCACUUGCAAGGAUGAACUGGAGCCACCAACCAUCGAGCUGGACUUCCGUGAUAAAAUCAUCAUUCGUGUGGGAGAGAGCUGUCUGUUGCAGGGCCGCUACACUGGCAAACCAGCUCCGUCUAUUACCUGGUACAGAGACGACAAAGAGCUGAAGACUGACAACCAUAUUGUGUUCAAAAACACACCAGUCACCAUGUCACUAGGCCUGAUGAAGGCCAAGCGUGAGCACAGUGGCAGGUAUGUGGUGGUUGUGGAAAACAGUACUGGAUCCAGGAAAGGAGUCAGCAAUGUCACUGUUGUUGACCGUCCAACUCCUCCUGUUGGUCCCGUGGUGUUUGAGGAGGUGCACAGGGAGUACAUGGUGAUUUCCUGGAAGCCUCCUCUGGACAAUGGUGGUGUUGACAUCUCCAAUUACAUCAUUGAGAAGAGAGAUGUCAACAGAGAGAUGUGGACCACAGUAACAUCUGCCACCACCAAGACUAUAUGCAAGAUCCCCAAGCUAACGGAGGGCAGGGAGUACAUCAUGAGAAUCUUUGCUGAGAACAUGUAUGGCAUCAGCGACCCUCUAGAGUCUGAGGAGAUGAAAGCUAAAGAUCUGUUCAGAGUCCCUGAAGCCCCUGAAAUGCCAACAGUCAGAGAGGUGUAUGCUAACAGCGCUCUGGUGCUGUGGAACCGGCCUCGGGAUGGAGGGAAGCCUAUCACCAACUACAUUUUGGAAAAGAAGGAGCCUGGAGCCAAGAGGUGGUCCAGAGUCACCAGAGACCCGCUGUACCCAGCAACUCAGUACCGAGUUCAGGACUUAGUUGAAGGUUGCGAGUAUGAAUUCAGGGUCAUGGCUGAGAACGAGUUGGGAACCGGAGAUCCAAGUGUUCCAUCCCAACCUAUCCUUGCUAAAGAUCCUAUUGUGCCCCCAAGUCCUCCAGUAACCCCAGAGGCCUAUGAUAAGACCAAGAAUUCUGUCAGUCUAAAAUGGCAAUUGCCACGUCAUGAUGGAAAAGGACGAAUCUUUGGCUAYCUUGUGGAGUAUCAGAAACCUGGUGCCGUAGAGUGGAUUCAGGCCAACGCAACUCCAGAGGAGUGUCCAGAUCUCCAUUAUGUGGUAACAGGACUGACUGAUGGACAGGAGUAUGCCUUCAGAAUCUUUACGGUCAAUGCUGCUGGCAAAUCCGACCCUGCCUUUGUCAAACAGACCAUCACAGUUCAUGACAGAAUUGAGGAACCAGAAUUACACCUGGAUGCCAACAUGGCACGAGACCACUUAGCCAUGCUGGGCACUGAUAUCACCCUGAGUGCCACUAUUAAAGGUAUACCAACACCAACGGUUUCCUGGAAGAAGAACGAUGGAGAUGUUCCUUCUCACAUCACUGUUGCUGUUACUGCCACGGGCAGCAAAGUCUUCAUUCCCAAAUGCGUCCGUGCAGACUCUGGAAACUACACUAUUACAGCUGAGAACACAGCUGGAAAGAAAUCUGCAACUGUUGCAGUGCUUGUGCUAAACAAGCCUUCUCCGCCAAGGAAUUUGGUGGUGAGUGAAGUGACUAGUGAGUCUGCUUACCUAACUUGGAAGGCUCCAGAGGACGACGGUGGUGCUGUCAUUUCUCAUUAUGUUGUGCAAAAGAAAGAUGUAGCUUCAGAUCAGUGGGUACCUGUUGCUGCAGCCAAUAAGAAGCUGAGUCUGAUGGCCAUGUAUCUGAUGGAAGGAAUCCAGUACCUGUUCAGGGUGGCUGCCGAGAAUCAGUUUGGCAGAAGUGACUUCAUUAUAACCAAGACACCCAUUAAGGCUGUUGAUCCUCUAUAUCCUCCUGGUCCACCCAAGAACCUCCACCACACCGAUGCAGAGAAGACUGAGGUGUGGUUGGCCUGGGAGUGGCCGGAUCGCACUGGUGGAAGUGAAAUUACUGGCUUUAUUGUAGAAUACCAGGAAGAUGGCCAGACAGACUGGGUAACUUUCAAGACUGUAAGCAACGAGCGUAGCCAUGUGACAGGUCUGGAAGAAGGCAAGACUUAUCGUUUCAGAGUCAAGGCUCAGAACGCCAUUGGUAUAAGCCGCCCUGACAUUAGUGUCCCAGUCACUUGCCAGGAAAAGACAUUGCCACCUACGAUUGAAGUUGAUGUGAAGCUCAUUGAAGGUGUUGUUGUCAAAGCUGGAAGUAUUAUUACUUUACCAGCUAAAAUGUCAGGCAUCCCCCUUCCCACAGCCAAGUGGAUGAGUGAUGGCAAAGAGAUCCUCUCUGAGGGCCGAUAUCAUAUUGAAACUGCUGGACCCUCAACCAUCCUCAGUAUCCCAGAUAGCCAGAGAGGAGACACUGGAGAGUACAUUCUCACUGUGACCAAUCCUUCAGGCAGCAAGACAGUUGCCCUACAUGUCACUGUGUUGGAUCUACCAGGACCACCCAUUGGACCAAUCAAUAUCUUGGAGGUCACCCCUGAUCACAUGAUAAUACAAUGGAGAGCACCCAAAGAUGAUGGGGGUACACCUAUCACCAACUAUGUGGUAGAAAAGAAGGAUGUCAAGAAGCCAUGGGAGCCUUGGUCAGUCGUUAGCUCUAGUGGCGCCAGCACAACAGCCAAGGUGUCAAGGUUAGAGAAAGGUCGUGAAUACAUUGUUCGGGUUCGUGCAGAAAAUAAAAUUGGCAUUGGUGCUGCUCUUGAGAGUCCACCUACUAUUGCCAAGCACAUGUUCAACCCUCCAGGUCCUCCAGGCUUCCCUGAGUGUUCUGACAUCACAGAGAAUGCUGUGACAGUGGAAUGGGCCCUGCCUGAUUAUGAUGGAGGUAGUCCAAUCAGUGGUUAUGUGGUUGAACGAAGAGAAAUGACAGGAAAGUGGAUUCGUGUCAAUAAAACUCCAGUGCUAGACCUAAGAUACAGAGUCUCUGGUCUUUUUGAAGGCAACAGCUAUGAGUUCAGAGUGUUUGCUGAAAACAUUGCUGGCAUCAGUGAGCCUUCACUCACCUCUGAUCCCAUUAAAGCCACUCGAGCCAUUACUAAACCUGGACCUCCUGGCAACCUUAAAUUGAAGGACUGGAGUAAGUCCUAUGCUGACAUUUGCUGGACCAAACCCACGAGAGAUGGAGGCAGUCCAAUUCUGGGCUAUGUUGUUGAAGUUCAGAAGUCAGGAAGUGCCCAGUGGGAUAGAAUCAAUAAGGACCUUAUCAAAAUCUGUGCCUACAGAGUGCCAGGCCUUAUUGAAGGAAUGGAGUACAGAAUACGUGUUAGAGCUACCAACAAGGUUGGGGAUAGUGAGCCUAGAGAGCUGCCUCAGGCAAUUUUGGCAAAGGACAUCUUGGUGCCCCCUGAAGUUGUGGUUGAUGUGUCCUGUCGUGACUCUGUGACAGUCAGGGCAGGGCAGGUACUCAGUUUAAUUACUAGAGUGAAAGGCAGACCAGAUCCAGAAAUCACAUGGACUAAAGAUGCAAGAGCCUUGUCUCGAGAUAAACGCACAGAGAUCAACAACAACUACCCUGUUUGUGAACUGAUUAUCAAUGACACUGUCAGAUCAGAUUAUGGAAAAUAUGCCAUUGUUGCUAAGAACAGCAGUGGACAGGCACAGGCUACCAUUUUGGUAAAUGUUCUAGACACACCAGGAGCUUGCCAGAAUCUGAAAGUGGCCUAUGUCACUAAAAAAUCCUGCAUGGUGUCUUGGGAAAAUCCUGAAGAUAAUGGUGGCACUGAGAUAACUCAAUACAUUAUUGAGUGUCGUCAGCCGAGUCAAAGAGGAUGGACAAUGGUCUCCAAUGACUGGACCAAACGUCUGUUAAAGGCUCCUCUCACUGAAGGUUGUGAGUACUUCUUCCGCGUCAGUGCAGAGAAUAAGAUUGGCGUUGGGCCAUCCACAGAGACCAAAACACCUAUUCUGGCAGUUGACCCCAUUGAGAAACCUAGUGAACCCAUUGAUUUUCAUAUAUCUGAAAUUGGCAAGACUUUCUGCUUCCUGAAGUGGAAGAAACCUGAUAAUGAUGGUGGUAGUCGUAACCUUGGUUAUCACAUUGAAAAGAAACCAAAAGAGGCUGAGGAGUGGGAGAGGCUUCACAAAGGUGCCAUCAAGGAGACUUACUUCAUGGCAGACAGGUGCAUUGAGAAUCAAAUCUACCAAUUCAGAGUUCAGACUAAGAAUGAGGGAGGUGAGAGUAAUUGGGUAACCACAGGAGAAGUAUUAGUUAAAGAACAGCUGGUGGAGCCUGAGGUCAAAAUUAAGCUGGAUGGAUCCCUUGUUGUGAAAGCAGGAGACUCCAUUUCUAUGGAAGCAACAGUUAAGGGAAAACCUCAACCAGAUGUAAAAUGGACAAAAGAUGAGUGCACAGAAGAGAUUAAGAAAGGCCCCAAGCUUCAAAUUGAAACUGGUGUAGACUUUUCUAAGUUGUUGCUUACAGGUGCCAGACGCAGUGACAGUGGCAAAUAUGUUGUUACAGCCUCCAACAGUUCAGGAACCAGCUCUGCUAAUGCUAAAGUGGUUGUACUAGAUAGGCCUGGGCCUAUCAGGGAUCUCAAGGUGUCUGGCAUUACCACUGAUAGGUGCCAUCUGGCUUGGGAAGUCCCUGAAGAUGAUGGUGGCUGUGAUAUCUACAACUACAUUAUUGAGAAAUGUGAGACCAAGAGAGGAGUUUGGUCUGUCCAUUCUAAUGCUGUCAUUACCAACAAAGCUAAAGUAACUCGACUUAUUGAAGGCAAUGAGUAUAUCUUCAGAGUUCGGGCUGAAAAUAAGAUGGGUCCUGGACCUGCAGUUCAGAGUGAGGCUAUUGUUGCCGGAACCCAGUUCAGUGUACCUGAUGCCCCUGAAGCACCAGAGGUCACCAAGAUAGGCAAGGAGGAAAUGACUGUGCAAUGGUCUGAGCCUGAAAAAGAUGGCGGAAAGCCAAUCAUUGGGUAUCUGUUGGAGAAAAAAGAAGAGCAUGCCGUUAGGUGGUCUCCUGUUAAUAAAGAUCCAGUCCCUGGAACUCGUUUCACUGUUCCAGGACUGUUGCCACUCCAUGAUUACCAGUAUAGAGUGAAGGCUGUGAAUGAGAUUGGCGUUAGUUCUCCAAGCAAGGCUUCCCGUGCCAUCACUGCAAAGGAUGCAGUUGAACCUCCUGCACCUCCUACCAACUUGAAGGUUGUGGAUAGUACCAAAUCCUCUAUCACCCUGGGUUGGACCAAGCCUGUGUCUGAUGGAGGAGCUCCUCUCAUUGGCUAUGUUGUGGAGAUGAGGGUACAAGGGGGUGCAAAGAAAGGAGAUGAUGCCUGGAAGAGAUGCAAUGUGGCAGCUCAGCUUAUUGUGUGCGAGUUCACUGUCACAAGUCUUGAUGAGAAGCUUGUGUAUGAAUUUAGGGUGUCAGCUCAAAACCAGGUGGGCAUGAGUCUGCCUUGUGACCUAGAUGGUGCUGUGAUUCCACGAGAUAUUCUAGAGGCACCAGAGGCUGACUUGGAUGCCAACCUGAAGCAAGGUCUGACAGUUCGGGCUGGUUGUCCCAUUAGAUUGUGGGCCACCAUCAGAGGCAGACCACCUCCCAAGGUUACAUGGAGGAAGAUGGGUAUUGAUAAUGUAGUCAGAAAGGGUAAAGUUGACAUCAUCGACACCAUGACCUUCUUGGUCAUUCCUGACUCCACCCGUAAUGACUCUGGCAAAUACUGCCUGACAUUGCAGAGCACUGCAGGAGAGAAGGCUGUCUUUGUCAAUGUUAAGGUUCUGGAUACACCUGGACCUGUAAUGAAUCUUGAAGCUACAGAUAUCAAACAGACAUCAGUCAUGUUGGCCUGGAAUCCUCCAGAGGUCAAUGGGGGUAGUGAGGUGACACACUACAUUGUUGAAAAGCGUGAGAUAGACCGCAAGACAUGGGCAAUUGUCAAGGCUGAAGUUCAGCUAGAUAAGAUUCCUUUUAAAGUCUCUGGCCUGAUGCCUGGCAGUGAAUACUACUUCAGAGUCACAGCUGUGAAUGAGUAUGGCUCUGGAGUUCCCAGAAUGACACCUACAUCUUACCUGGCUUCUGAUCCUGUCAGCAAGCCGGAUCCUUGUCAGAAGAUUGAAGCUUUGGAGAUAACUAAGAACAGCGCCAUGAUUGGCUGGGUGAAGCCUGAAAGAGAUGGUGGAGCCAAAAUUGAUGGUUAUGUCAUUGAAUAUAUUGAAGUCAAACCUCCUCCAGAGCCACCAGCCCCUGUGGAAGUUGCUGAGGGACAGGUAGCUCCUCCGCCACCUCCACCACCAGUGAUCGAGGAGGAAGAAGAACCUGUGAAGGAAAUAUGGAACGCAUACACAACAGUCAAAGGUUUAACAGUCAGUGUCAGUGGACUAAAGGAAGGAAAGAGGUACAAGUUCAGAGUGGCUGCCAAAAACAUCAUGGGCUUGAGUUCCUUCACAGAGACCAGGGAGCCGGUUGAGAUCAGGGAGCAGAUGGUGGAGCCAAAGAUUGUUAUGCCAGAAACAGCAAGUGCUAGAGCUGGAGCCAAACUUCGAGUGGAGGCACUGGUUUCAGGAAAACCAUCCCCAACUUGUAAGUGGAUGCGUGGUGAGAAAGCAGUGGUCCCAUCCAGUCGUUUGGCUGUGCACCAGUCUGGAAACUUGUGUGUCCUGAUCAUCAAAGAUGUGACAAGGACUGACAGUGGAGAGUACAGCCUUGUUGCUGAAAACAAUACUGCAAAGGUUUCCCAAGUUCUAAAGAUUGUCAUCAGAGACAUCCCYGGUCCUCCUGAAGGCCCUGUAGAGAUCAGUGACAUUGAUGCUGAUUCUUGCUCCCUGUCUUGGAACAAACCACUAGAAGAUGGGGGCAGCAAUAUCACAAACUAUGUGAUUGAAAAAUGUGACAUAGGUAGAGGCGAUUGGGUGACAGCCCUCUCUUCCUGCCCAAAGACCAGUUGCAGAUUGGGAAAACUCAUUCCUGGAAAAGAAUAUGUGUUCCGCAUCCGUGCUGAGAACCGCUUUGGUGUUUCAGACCCAAUUCAGUCCGAUAGGAUGGUCGCCAAGUUCCCCUUUGAUGUUCCAAGUGAACCCCUAAACUGCCGCAUCAACAAGACUAACAAGGACUGUAUGUUUGUUUCGUGGGACAAACCUGAGAGUGAUGGUGGCAGUCCCAUCACAGGUUACUACAUUGAGCGAAAGGAAAGGAACAGCCUUCUGUGGGUAAAGGCYAACGACACCGUUGUCCGCAACACUGAGUACCCAUGUGCCGGACUCAUAGAGGGUCUGGAAUAUACCUUUAGAGUAUCAGCUAUUAACCGUGCUGGCCAGGGCAAACCAAGCAAGAAGACUGACUUUGUAACUGCAAGAACACCUGUUGACACCCCAGGUAAACCUGAGGUUUUGGAUGUAACCAAGAACUCUGUCACUUUGGUAUGGGCCCGUCCAAAGAAUGAUGGUGGAAGCAAAAUCACAGGCUACUAUGUUGAGGUGAUGCGGGUUCCAGGAGACACAUGGAUUCGCUGCAACACCAGCAGUCAAAAUGUCCCAAGGGAGGAGUAUACAGUAACUGGUCUUGAAAGAGACCUUCAGUACCAGUUCAGGGUYAUUGCCAAAACUGCUGUAAACAUUAGUAAACCCUCAGAGCCCACAGAUCCAAUUCURGUCUCCGCUGAGAAUGUUCCUCCAAAGAUUGAGCUCAUUGCAAAAAUGCAAAAGGGUUUGAAGGUGAAGGCUGGAACUACAAUCCUCCUGGAAGCUGAUGUAUUUGGUAAACCUUUGCCCAGAGUCACUUGGAAGAGAGGUGAUGAUAACUUGAAAUCCGAUGAAGGUCAGGUCAUUACCCAACAAAGGCAUCACUUUCAGCUAGAGAUGACAGCAGUUACUAAAGAACACACAGGAACCUACACAGUAUUGGCUGAGAAUGCCAGUGGAUCCAAGACAGAAGAGAUCCAGGUUGUUGUACUUGAUGUGCCAGGCCCUCCUGCCAGUUCCAGGUAUGUUGAAGUGUUUGCCAAUAACAUCAAGCUGUCCUGGGAGCCUCCUUUGAAAGAUGGUGGUGCCCCUAUCAACAACUACAUUGUGGACAAGCGUGAGACCAGCAGAACUGAUUGGGCCCAGGUUUCAUCUAAGAUCAAGGGUGAUGUAUUGGAGUUUAAUGUGGAGAAGUUAAUUGACGGCCAUGAAUACCAGUUCAGAAUCCGUGCUGAAAACAUGUGGGGGGUUGGAGACGCCUUUAUCACCCACCCAGUCAUCGCCAAGAACCCAUUCACCAUCCCUGGUCCUUGUGAAGCACCACUAAUCACCAAUGUGACCAAAGACCGCAUGACCGUAAGUUGGAAGGAGCCUGCUUAUGAUGGAAAGUCUACCAUCUUGGGCUACAUGCUUGAAAAGAAGCAGACCAAAGAAAUUAACUGGGGAAAGCUGAACAGAAAGCCCAUAACAGAAAGAACACUUGAAGUAACAGGCCUAACAGAGGGAGCUGAGUAUGCGUUCAGAGUGAUUGCUGUCAAUGCAGCUGGGCUUGGCAAACCCAGUGACCCUUCUGCUGGCACCACUGCACAGAAUCCCAUUACUCCUCCUGGACCUGUUAUCAACCCCAGUGUGAUUGACACYACCCAUAGCACCAUCAGUCUUACAUGGACUGCACCUGCUAACAAUGGUGGAAGCCCUAUUAUUGGAUACUUAGUGGAAUGCAAGAGGACUGACACCACUGACUGGAUCCGCUGCAAUGUCCCCAGGAACUUGCAGGAAACCAACUACAUCAUUCAGAAUCUUAUUGAUAAAUCUGAGUACCAGUGUCGCAUCACUGCUGUCAACAAAGUUGGUUUCAGUGAGCCAGCUGAAGUGCCCGGAAAGCACGUAGCCAAGGAUAUCAUUGUUGCUCCUGAGGCAGAGCUGAGUGCUGAGUUGAAAGAAGGUCUGCAGCUUCAGGCCGGUGCCACCAUGAAGCUAUAUGCAACCAUCAAAGGUCGUCCCACGCCCCGGAUUACCUGGGCAAAGAUGAAUACCAAUAUCAAGGACCGUCAGGGCAUUGUCAUCAAAUCCAGCAACRUAGACACCCUGGUGAUGGCAGAAAGGGUCAACAGAUAUGAUGCUGGCAAAUAYAUUUUGAAUUUAGAGAGUUCAGCUGGCAUGAAGAUGUACACUAUUGUUGUGAAAGUCUUUGACACUCCUGGACCACCAGCAAACUUGAUGGUGAAAGAAACAACCAAAGACAGCGCUGAAAUCUUCUGGGAUGCUCCUUUGAUUGAUGGUGGUCAUGAAAUCACCCACUACAUAGUGGAGAAGCGUGACACUGAGAGAAAGGCCUGGUCUGUUGUCUCAAACAAUUGCAUAAAGACAUCAUUUGAGGUUCCAGACCUGGAUGCUGGGCGGUCCUACUGCUUCAGAGUGUCAGCAGUCAACAAGCUUGGUAAAGGAGAGGCAUGUGAGACAGCCGAUGCUGUCAGAGCAACAGAGGAGCCUGGACCUGUCAUGGACUUUAAAACCCUGCUGGUGACCAAAGAUUCUUGUACUCUAAGCUGGAAGAAACCCCUCAGUGAUGGUGGCAGCCGCAUAAUUUGCUAUGUGCUAGAGGUUCUUAAUGGUGAUGACAAAUACAAGGAGCUUAUGAGGUCCAAGAACAUGCAGUACAGUGCCAAAGACCUGGUAGAGGGCAGAGAGUACACCUACCGAGUGAAAGCUGUAAAUGACUCAGGAGAGGGUUCUGUAAAGGAACUAAAGGUGAUUGCCAAGGAUCAGAUUGUACCCCCAAGCUGUGACUUAAGAGAAUUGCCCAACAUGUGUUACAUUGCCAAAGAGGGCAGCACUGUCCGUCUGAAAAUCCCCAUUAUUGGCAAACCUACUCCCAAGGUUACCUGGAAAAAGGGAGAAGAUGAAGACCUUACAGACACUGGCAGGGUUUGUGCAGAGUCAUCUGCAGUCAAUACUACCCUUUUAAUUAGAGACUGUCAAAGGACGGAUGCUGUUAAGUACACAAUCACCCUGAGAAAUAGUGCGGGCAUCAAAGAGUCAACCAUCUUCAUCAGGGUUGUGGGAAAGCCUGGCAUCCCUGUUGGUCCAAUAAAAUUCAAAGAUGUUACUGCUGAUGGUGCUACACUGAAGUGGGGUGUUCCCAAGGAUGAUGGUGGCUCAGAGAUUACCAACUAUAUACUGGAAAAAAGGGAUUCCAUCACCAACAUGUGGGUGACUGUGUCUUCCACUGUGGAAACCAAUACCAUGAGGGUGACAGGUCUCCAUGAGGGCACAGAAUACACAUUCAGAGUCAGUGCUGAGAACAAGUAUGGAGUUGGAGAAGGACUCAAGUCUGAGCCUGUUGUAGCUAAACAUCCAUUUAAUGUACCAGAUGCACCUGCACCUCCACAAAUCAUGAGCAUGCGCCAUGACUCUGCAUACUUGGCCUGGACUGACCCCAGAAAGACUGGAGGAUCACCUAUCACAGGUUAUCAUGUUGAAUUUAAGGAGAGGAACAGUAUGUUGUGGAAGAGAGUCAGCCCAGCUGCCUUAAAGAUGAAGGAACACAAAGUAACUGGGCUGACUGAAGGGCUGGAGUAUGAGUUUAGAGUAAUGGCUGUUAACUUGGCUGGAAUUGGUAGGCCAAGUGCUCCAACUGAUCCGCAGGUGGCACUGGAUCCCAUUGAUGCUCCUGGUAAACCUGAUAUAAUUAGCAUCACCAGAAGCAGUGUGACGCUCCAGUGGACCGAGCCUCAGUUUGAUGGUGGCCAUAGGCUGACUGGCUACAUUGUUGAGAAGCGAGAUCUGCCUUCCAAAGUCUGGGUGAAGGCCAACAAUGUGAAUGUUGUGGAACCUGCAUUUACUGUUGCUGAUCUACAAGAGGGCUGCAAAUACGAGUUCAGAAUCAGGGCAAAAAAUGCUGCUGGUGCCCUCAGCCCACCUUCUGAGCAGACAGAUACCAUUAUCUGUACAGAUGAAUAUGCUGCACCAACCAUUAUUAUUGAUGCUCAAGUGAAGGAAGGUCUAACUGUUCGUGCUGGUGACACAAUAGUUAUCACUGCCACAAGCAUUUUAGGCAAACCUGCUCCAACGUCAUGCUGGUCUAAGGGAGGAAAGUACUUUAAACCCUCUGACCUUGUUCAAAUUGAAACUUCUGCAACAUCAUCCACUCUGUCUGUAAAAUAUGCGGGCAGGAAAGAUUCUGGAGAAUACACAAUCACUGCCAGCAACCCCUUUGGUGUAAAAGAGGAAACUGUCAAGGUCAAAGUUCUGGAUGUUCCUAGUGCUCCUGGACCUAUUGAAUGCAGUGGCAUCUCCUCUGAAAAGGUGACCCUUACCUGGCCAGCUCCUGCAGAAGAUGGAGGUUCUGCUAUCAAAUAUUACACCCUGGAAAAGAGGGAAACUAGUCGUCUUCUCUGGACAAUCCUGGAAGAGAAGGUUAUUGACUGUCACUAUGUGGCCACCAAACUCAUUCAGGGAAAUGAGUACUUCUUUAGAGUAUCUGCUGUGAACCAGUAUGGCGCCAGUGAGCCAUCUCAUUCRGAGGCUGUCAAGAUGAUUGAUAGGUUUGGUCCCCCUGGUCCACCUUCUAAACCAGAAGUUGAGAAAGUUGAUAGACAUUCAGUCACUUUGAACUGGAAAAGACCAGCUGAAGAUGGAGGAAGUGACAUAAUAGGUUAUUGUAUUGAGAAAAAAGAAAGGAAGGCUAUGAGAUGGAUUAGGGCUUCCAAGAAAUCCAUUGCUGAACUCAGCUUCGAAGUCACUGGUCUCACAGAGGGUGUUGAGUAUGAGUUUCGUGUUCUUGCUGAGAACAAAGCUGGUUUUGGAGAGCCAAGUGAAUCUUCUAUGCCUGUUAAAACCAUAGUAGCUGCUUAUGUGCCAGGACCUCCAGUCAAUCCAAGAGUUACUGACACAACCAAGACAACUGCUACUCUGAACUGGGGAAAACCUCUAGACAAUGGUGGGCUUGAAGUCACGGGAUAUGUGAUUGAGCACAAAAAGGAAGCAACAGAAGAAUGGAUUAAGGAUACCCCUUCAUCUCCACUUAGGAUCACAGAGUUUGUGGUUCCUGAUCUGCAAACUGGUGCCAAGUACCACUUUAGGAUUAGUGCUGUAAAUGCCAAAGGGACAGGUGAAGCAGCAGAAACCCAAGAACUGGUUGAGAUUGUAGAACAUGCUGCUGAACCUGACAUGGAGUUGGAUGUUGAACUACGAAAAACCCUAGUUGUCAGGGCUGGUUGCUCUAUCCGACUCUUUGUGCCAAUUAAGGGGCGCCCUACUCCUACGGUCACUUGGACCAAAGAGGGCGGCCCUGUUCCACGUGCAGUCAUUGACACCACUGAGUCAUUCACAAUGCUGCUUAUUCCUGAAAGUUCAAGGAAUGAUGCAGGCAAGUAUGAGCUUAACCUUGAAAACUCAGCUGGAAAGAAGAGUGCUGAUAUUCAUGUGAGAGUUUUAGAUUCACCAGGACCUCCACUUAACCUAAAGCCAACAAAGAUUGACAAGGACAGUAUAACACUUGAGUGGGAAUUGCCUCUCAUUGAUGGAGGAUCCAAAAUCACAAAUUACAUCAUUGAGAAACGUGAAUCAACACGCAAAGCUUUUGCAACUGCUGUUACAAAAUGCCCAAGCACUUCAGUUAGAAUUGGUGAGUUGGGUGAAGGUUGUGAAUACUACUUCAGAGUGUCUGCUGAGAAUGAGUAUGGUAUUGGUGAAGCAGUUGAAACUACAGAUCCAAUUCGUGCAUCCCAAGCACCAACUCCUCCAGAGARCAUCAUCCCUACUGAUAUCACAAAGAACUCUGUAGGCCUGAUUUGGACCAAACCCAAGCAUGAUGGUGGAAGCAGAAUUUCAGGAUAUGUUCUGGAAGCCAAGAAAAAGGGAACUGAUCAGUGGGCCCAUGUUACAACAGUCAAGGCCAUGGAUUUCAUAGUGAAGAAUCUCAAUGAGAAUGAGGAGUAUGUUUUCCAUGUCAUGGCUGUCAAUCAGUCUGGCAGAAGUCUUCCACGUGAGAGCAAACCCAUUAUUGUCAAAGAUUCUACAUCUCUUCCUGAGUUUGACCUACGUGGUGUAUGCCAGAAAACUAUUAUUGCCAAAGCUGGAGAUGACAUCAAGGUUGAAAUUCCAGUUAUGGGACGUCCGAGACCAACAAUCUCUUGGCAGAAGGAUGGAGCAGCCUUGAAACUUACACAGAGAUCCAAUGUAGAAACUACUGCUGCUACUACAAUUAUCUCUAUCAAUGAAUGUACCAGAGCUGACAGUGGAAUAUACACUAUGACAGCAAAGAACAUUGUUGGAUCUGUAACAGACAACAUAAUCAUCAAAGUACAUGACGUGCCUGGGCCACCUAAAGGACCGGUUAAGAUUGUGGAAAUAGCUCGUACCUACUGCGUCUUUUCAUGGGAAACUCCAGAGAAUGAUGGAGGAGUUCCAAUAAACAACUAUGUGGUUGAGAUUAGAGACACCACUUCCCAAACAUGGACUGAGUUGUCUUCCUCUGUGAUACGUACUGUGUUCAAAGCAAUACGUUUGAAUACUGGAUCAGAAUAUCAAUUCAGAAUAAAAGCUAAGAAUAGAUAYGGUGUCGGACCUCCCAUCACAUCAGAAUCAGUGGUGGCUGCCUAUCCAUUCAAAGUACCUGGGCCCCCUGGUACUCCUAGCGUGGUUGCCUUCACCAAAGACUCAAUAACAAUUGGCUGGAAUGAGCCUGUGUCUGACGGUGGAAAUGAGGUCAUUGGUUAUCAUGUUGAGAGGAAGGAAAGAAGCAGCAUUAUAUGGCAUAAAAUCAGCAAGGGUAUUGUGACUGGAAAUAUCUUUAAGUCUGCCGGACUUGAAGAUGGAGUGGCUUAUGAGUUCCGUGUCAUGGCUGAAAACAUGGCUGGAAUUGGUAAACCCAGCAAAGCUUCAGAACCAAUACUGGCAUUGGACCCUGUAGACCCACCAGGCCAACCUGUGCCCAUUAUAGUAAACAAAAAUGCUAUUACUAUUCAUUGGACAAAGCCUGAAUAUGACGGUGGCUUUAAGAUCACUGGCUACACAGUAGAAAAGAGAGAGUUACCUUCUGGUCGCUGGACCAGAGCUAACUUCACCAACAUCAUAGAGACAACAUUCACUGUCAGUGGACUGACUCAGGAUACCUCCUAUGAGUUUCGUGUCAUGGCCAGAAAUUCAGCGGGUGCAGUGAGCAUGCCAUCUGAACCCUCUGAUGCAAUUAUUUGCAAAGAUGACAUCAUUGAACCACGUAUUAUGGUUGACGCCAUCUUUAGGGACACUAUUCUACUGAAGGCAGGGGAGUCCUUCAAGCUUGAAGCAGAUAUUGCUGGUCAGCCAACCCCAUCUAUGGUUUGGACAAAGAACGGAAAGGAAGUGGAAAACACAAUGAAACUGGAGGUUAGGUUUACUGAACUGACAACUACUCUGACAAACAAGGAUUCUGUCAGACCAGAUGGUGGUGAAUUUGUUUUAACUGCCACUAAUGUUGGUGGUUUUGCAAAGCACAUCUUUAAUGUUAAAGUUCUCGAUAGACCUGGACCACCAGUUGGACCUCUAAAAGUGUCUGAUGUAACUGCUGACAACUGUGUACUUACAUGGGCUCCACCAGCAGAUGACGGAGGUGCCAAGAUUGAAGGAUAUGUGAUUGAGAAACGUGAGUCAAGUAGACUGGUUUGGACCAAUGUAGUUUCAGGCUUGCAGGUCACACAACACAAAGUAACUAAGCUUCUCAAAGGGAAUGAGUACAUCUUCAGAGUAAUGGCUGUGAACAAAUAUGGACUUGGUGAGUCUCUUGAAUCAGAACCCACUAUUGCAGAUAACCCAUAUGUGAUCCCAGAUCCUCCUGAAAAUCCAGAAGUGACAGCUAUUACUAAAGAUUCAAUGGUUGUCAUGUGGCAAGCCCCUAGGAGUGAUGGUGGAACUCCCAUUACAAACUACAUUAUUGAAAGGAAAGACAGAGCUGCCCUUCGAUGGGUGAAGUGCAACACAAGAAAAGUCAAAGAUCUACAGUUCAAGGCAACAGGCCUUGUUCCUGGACAUGAAUUUGAAUUUAGAAUAACUGCUGAGAAUGCUGCUGGACUAAGUAUACCAAGUGUCCCCAGUUUAUUUUAUAAGGCCACUGAUGCACUGUACAAGCCAGGGGCUCCAUGCAACCCCAGGAUUCUGGACACAACCAAGUCCUCAAUUACUGUUGCCUGGAACAAACCAKUAUAUAAUGGUGGCUCAGAAAUCACUGGUUACAUUGUUGAGACCUGCAUCCCACAUGAGAAGAAGGAAGAGGAGGAAUGGACCAUUGUGACACCCAAGGAAGGUCUCCUUGCAACCUCAUUUACUAUUACUAAUCUGAAAGAGAAUCAGGAGUACAAAAUUAAUAUCUCUGCGAUCAAUGUUGAAGGAAUUGGAGAUGCAGCUUCUGUACCUGGAAAUCCCAAGGCAGAGGACAGACUUCUCCCACCUGAAAUUGACKUGGAUGCUGAGCUCCGCAAAGUAGUUAGUCUUAGAGCUUGCUGCACUCUUAGACUGUUUGUGCCAAUUAGAGGCCGACCAGCUCCUCAGGUUAAAUGGACUAAAGGUGAUAAUGAGCCAAUAGAAAGGGCAACCAUUGACAGUACAACAUCAUACUCAUCACUUGUGAUAGAAAAUGUUAACAGAUUUGACAGUGGAAAAUAUAAUCUCACUGUUGAAAACAGCUCUGGUUCCAAAACAGUAACAGUUCAGGUAAGAGUUCUUGAUACACCGAGUGCUCCACAAAAUCUGAAAAUUACUUUGGUCACCAAUCAGUCAGUCACUCUAACGUGGGAUCCACCAGUAAAUACUGGAGGAGUCAAGAUCAAGAACUAUAUAGUUGAAAAACGUGAGUCAACAAGGAAAGCAUAUGCUACAGUUAAUGCUAUUUGCCAUAACACCACUUUCACAAUUAACCAACUCCUAGAAGGAUGCAACUACUAUUUUAGAGUUUUGGCUGAAAAUGAAUAUGGCAUUGGCUUGCCYAUUGAGACUGCUGAAUCGGUUAAAGUCUCUGAGAAACCACAGCCACCUGGCAAAAUCACUCUGAAGGAUGUUACCAAAAACAGUGUGUCUCUCUCAUGGGAGAAGCCAGAACAUGAUGGAGGGAGCAGAGUGGGCUGUUAUGUUGUUGAGAUUCAGUCUAAAGGCAUUGAUAAGUGGACUCAGGCUAUGAUUGUUAAGGACACAGAAGCUACUAUCAGUGGACUAAAUGCUGGGGAAGAAUAUAUGUUCCGUGUAGCAGCAAAGAAUGAGAAAGGAACAAGUGACCCUCGUCAGCUUGGUGUCCCUGUCAUAGUGAAAGAACUUGUGAUUGCACCAGUUGCUAAAAUGUUGUUCAACACAUUUAGUGUGUUGGCAGGAGAGGAUUUGACAGUGGAGUUUCCAUAUGUUGCACGCCCCAAAGCAGCUGUCUCCUGGGUGAAGGAUGGUCAGCCUCUGAAGAGAACUACCAGAGUAAACUUUGGAGCAACAGACACAAUGGUGAACCUCAUCAUUAAAGAGGCAACUAAAGAGGAUGUUGGGCAAUAUCUUAUUAAUCUUAGCAACACAGCAGGGGAGACACCUGUGAAUGUUGGCAUCGUUGUUCUGGACAAGCCAGGCCAGCCCAGAGGUCCUGUCAAAGUGGAGGAGGUCACUUCUGACAGUGUGACCAUCUCCUGGAACCCACCAGAGUAUGAUGGUGGUUGCACAAUCAAAAACUACUUUGUGGAAAAGAGAGACACAUCAACAACUAAUUGGAUGGUUGUAUCUCAAAACCAUGCAAGAACAAAAAUAAAGGCUGGCAGAUUGAAGACUGGAUCUGAGUAUCAGUUUAGGAUUGCAGCAGAAAACAGAUAUGGAAAGGGACCAGUACUUCUGUCAGAGUGUAUUGUUGCUCAGUACCCAUACAAGCUCCCAGGACCACCAGGAACACCAAACAUCGCAGCCUCCACUAAAGACAGCAUGGUUGUAGCCUGGAAUGAACCUGUUAAUGAUGGUGGAUGUGCUAUCUUAGGCUACCAUCUUGAACGCAAAGAGAGAAACAGCAUCUUAUGGGUCAAACUAAACAAAUCUCUCAUUACUGAUCAAACCUUCAAGACCACAGGUCUGGAACCAGGAAUGGAAUAUGAAUACAGAGUUUAUGCAGAAAACAUUGUUGGAAUAGGCAAAGUGAGCAAAGUAUCUGAGGGUCAUAUUGCAAGAGAUCCUUGUGAUCCUCCUGGCACCCCAGAGGCAGCAAAGAUCACUAAGGACUCUGUGACCAUUGUUUGGACCAAGCCUGAGUAUGACGGUGGUGCAAAAGUUACUGGCUACAUUGUGGAAAAGAAGGAGCUUCCUGAGGGGCGUUGGGUGAAGGCCAACUUCACUAAUGUCAUUGAGACAGAGUAUGUUACAACUGGACUUGUCCAAGAUAACCAGUAUGAAUUCCGUGUCAUUGCCAGAAAUGCUGCUGGUGUUUUCAGUCUCCCCUCUUACAGCACUGGUCCUAUAACUGCCAGGGAUGAGAUUGUACCACCACACAUCAGUAUUGACCCUGAGUAUACACAGACUAUUGUGGUUAAUGCUGGAGACAACUUCAAAAUUGAUGCUGAUGUUCAUGGCAAGCCACUGCCCUCUGUUCACUGGAUGAAGGGAGAGCAGGAGCUGGGAAACACUAUUCAUAGAGAAAUUAAAAACACAUCCACUAAAGCCUAUAUAGCCAUAAAAGAAGCCAAACUUUCUGAUGGAGGCCAGUACACUCUGCUUCUAARAAAUCCAGGAGGGGAAAAGGUUGCACAUAUCAAUGUGGUUGUCUUAGACAAACCUGGGGAACCACAAGGACCUCUUGUUGUUACAGGGGUAAGCAAAGAUUGCUGCUGCCUAGCAUGGAAAGCACCACUUCAAGAUGGUGGCAGUAAAAUCUCUCACUAUGUUGUUGAGAGGAGGGAGACAAGCAGACUAGUUUGGACUGUAGUUGACCAAAAAGCGGAGAAUAUUUGCCUAAAAGUUACUAAGCUCCUGGAAGGAGAUGAGUAUAUUUUCAGAGUCCGUGCUGUAAACCAGUUUGGAGUGGGUACACCACUUGAGUCUGCAGCUGUUUUAAUCAAGGAUCCAUAUGUAACACCUGGAUCACCCAGGAACUUAGAAGUCUCUGAUGUUAAAAAAGAUUCAAUGAUGCUCACCUGGGAGGUACCUUCUGAAGAUGGAGGCAGUCCUAUAACAGGAUACAUUAUUGAAAAACAUGACAAAGAAGGCGUAAGAUGGACAAGAUGCAACAGGCAAACAGUCACUGAAUUGACUUUCAGAGUAACUGGACUCCUUGAAAGUCAUAUUUAUGAAUUCAGAGUUGCAGCCGAGAAUGCCGUGGGUGUCAGUGAACCAAGCACUCCAAGUGUAUUCUACAAAGCUCUUGAUCCCAUCUUCCGACCUGGCCCUCCACACCAUCCAAAAGUCAUUGACACAACAAAAUCAUCAGUAUUUCUUUCAUGGGGAAAACCUGCAUGUGAUGGUGGGUGUGAGAUUCAGGGAUAUAUUGUUGAGUACUGCACUGCCACUGAGACAAGUGUGCAAGCUGAAGCCACAGGCACACCUACUGAAGAAUGGAAGAUAUGCACACCAUCAACGGGUGUUAAGACAACCAAAUUUGAAGUUGGAAAUCUGAAGGAAAACCAGUCAUACAAGUUUAGAGUGUGUGCUAUGAACAAGAUGGGAGUUGGUGAGCAUGCUGAUGUCUCUGGAGUUAUCAUGGUGCAUGAAAAGAAAGAGGAACCGGACCUUGACAUCGACCCAGAACUUAGAAAGAUUGUGACCAUCAAAGCUGGUACUUCACUUAGACUGUUUAUUCCAAUUAAAGGAAGACCCACUCCUACUAUUAAAUGGGACAAAGAUGAAGCUGCUCUUAAAGAGACUGCUCAAGUUGAGAUUACAAGCAGUUACACAUCCCUUGUUAUUGAUAAGAUGAGCAGAAAUGACAGUGGAAAAUACACAAUUACUGCCGAGAACUCCAGUGGCACCAAAUCAGCAUUUGUUGUUGUUCGUGUACUUGAUACACCCAGUGCACCUGUUAAUCUUAAAGUGAAAGAAAUUACAAAUCAUUCAGUGACACUGGCAUGGGAGCCACCUCUAUUGGAUGGCGGAUCCAAGAUCAAGAAUUAUAUUAUUGAAAAAAGAGAAAGCACACGCAAAACGUAUGCAGCUGUCAUAACAAAUUGCCAUGAUCUUUCAUGUAAAAUAGAACCACUCCAAGAAGGUUGUAGUUACUACUUCAGAGUUCUUGCUGAAAAUGCUUAUGGAGUUGGCCUGCCUGCAACAACUGUAGACCCACUUAAAGUUUCAGAGGUUCCCCAGUCUCCUAAAAAUUUGAUUGUUACAGAUCAGACAAAAACAAGCAUCUCCCUAGCAUGGGAAAAACCAGAAUAUGAUGGUGGUAGUAGAGUCAUGCAGUAUCUCCUUGAGGUGCAGUUGAAGGGCCAUGAUAAAUGGUCAGGCGUUAACACAUUUAAGACCAUGGAGACUACGGUCUCCAAUUUGAACCCAGGACAGGAAUAUUGUUUCAGAGUUACAGCUAUCAACGAUAAGGGAAAGAGUGACCCCAAAGUACUUGCUGGUCCAGUGAUGACCAAGGAUUUGGUCUUUGAGCCAGAUAUUCGUCCAACCUUCAGCAGCUACAGUGUUCAUGUGGGAAAAGACAUAAAUAUUGAUAUUCCAAUCUUUGGACGCCCUAAACCAACAGUCAUGUGGACUAAGGAUGGAGCUCCUUUGAAGUUCACCACCAGAGUGAACAUUCUCAGUACAGUAUCACAUACAACACUAUGCAUUAAGGAAGCAGCAAAUGAUGAUGGUGGCAUGUAUUGUAUAAGUGCAACAAACUCAGCAGGAAAGAAGGACACAGCCGUUGAAAUAAUUGUACUUGACAAACCUGGUCCUCCGUCUGGUCCUGUUAGGUUUGAUGAAAUCACAACACAGAGUGUUACCAUUUCAUGGGAUCCACCAAAACACAAUGGUGGGUGUCAAAUAUCUAACUAUAUUGUUCAAAAGAGAGAUACUACUACAACAACAUGGGAGAAUGUGAGCACCAACUAUGCCAGAACAACUAUCAAAGUUAUUAGGCUAAAAACAGGAGCAGAAUAUCAGUUUAGGAUCAUUGCCCAGAAUCGCUAUGGAAAGAGUCAAGGUCUAGAUUCAUCAACUGUAGUUGCUCAAUACCCAUACAGAGACCCAGGCCCACCAGGCACUCCCUUCAUCUCUUCUCUUUCUAGGGACCACCAGAUUGUUGAGUGGCAUGAGCCUAUCACAGAUGGAGGAAGUCCUGUUCUUGGCUACCAUCUAGAAAGGAAAGAGAGGAACAGCAUUCUAUGGGUAAAAAUCAACAAAACUCUUAUUCAUGAGACCAGUUUCAAGAGUCACCCAUUGGAGGAGGGUAUUGAGUAUGAAUACAGRGUUUAUGCUGAAAAUAUUGUUGGCAUAGGCAGAAGCAGCAAGGUUUCAGAGGGUUGUGUUGCCCGUGACCCAUGUGAUCCACCUGGCACUCCAGAAUCCAUCCAUGUGACAAAAGAUAGCAUUGUCAUUCAGUGGACUAAACCAGAAUAUGAUGGAGGCAGUAAUAUCACUGGCUAUAUCAUAGAAAAGCGCGAUCUGCCAGAAGGCAGGUGGGGAAGAGCCAACUUCACUAAUGUGAUUGACACUCAGUUUGCUGUUACUGGACUGACUGAAAAUGCACAGUAUGACUUCAGAAUCUUUGCUAAAAAUGCUGUUGGCACUGUCAGCAAGCCAUCAUACAACAGUGGACCUAUCACCGCAAGUGAUGAGAUGGAAGCACCUAAAUUCUCAAUUGACCCUGCUUUUACCAAGACUAUUAUUAUUAAUGCAGGAGAGACAUUCAGGUUAGAUGCAGAUGUCCAUGGCAAGCCACUGCCUAUAAUUCAGUGGUUCAAAGAUGACAAGCCAGUUGAGAAUACACUCAGAUUGGAGAUCAAAAACACAGAAAAUCAUACAAUGAUUGUCAUUAAGGACUCUGUAAGAAUUGACGGUGGAACUUACACACUCCUCCUAACAAAUGAGGCCGGCAGUGAAACAGUUCCAUUCAAGGUUGUGGUCUUGGACAGACCUAGCCCAUGUCAGGGACCCUUCAACAUCACUGGAGUAGCUGAAGAUAGAUGCACACUGACAUGGCGUGCACCUCUUGAUGAUGGAGGUAAUCCUAUUACACAUUACAUCAUUGAGAGAAAAGAGACCAGUCGUCUUGCUUGGACUGUUGUUUCUAGCAUCUGUAAUACUCCAUACUUCAAAGUAACYAAAUUACUAGAGGGCAAUGAAUACAUCUUCCGUGUAACAGCAGUUAACAGUUAUGGUGUCAGUGAUCCACUGGAGUCUGGCGCAGUGAUUAUGAAGAACCCAUUUGUUCCACCUGGUUCACCUCAUAUUGAAGAUGUAUCUAAUAUUGCCCAUGAUGGCAUGACUAUCAGCUGGUCUGCCCCUGAGACAGAUGGAGGAAGUGAGAUUACUAACUACAUCAUUGAAAAGAAGGACAGAACUGGAAUCAAAUGGACUAGAUGCAACAGACAGAAAGUCACUGAUCUCUCAUACAGAGUUACAAGUCUCACCACAGGCCAUGAAUAUGAAUUCAGAGUAUCUGCUGAGAACAUAGUUGGAGUAGGAGAACCAAGCCUUCCUACUUCGUAUUAUAAGGCCUCUGAUCCCAAGUACAAACCUGGUGCCCCAGCAUAUGUGAAUGUGAUCGAUUCAACAAAAACGUCCAUUACGGUGUCAUGGGGUAAACCACUAUCUGAUGGUGGUAGUAUCAUUCAAGGAUACAUUGUUGAAAUAUGCAAGGCUGAAGAGGAAACAUGGACCAUGGUUACUCCCCCUACUGGUCUGCGUGUCAAUAAAUAUGAAAUUCCAAAACUUACCGAGGGCCAGGAGUACAAGAUACAAGUGUGUGCUUUGAACAAAAUUGGAGUUGGUGAGCCAGCUGUUCUUGCUGGAACUGCUAAACCUGAGGAAAGAGUGGAUCCACCACACAUCCAUCUUGACUCUGAACUUAGGAAAGGCAUUACAGUAAAAGCUGGUGGGUCAGUGAGAAUCUAUAUUCCUUUCAAGGGCAGGCCAACACCUGAGAUCAAAUGGACAAAGGAUGAGGGGCAUCUUUCUGAAAAGGCUGUAGUGGAAAAAGCCAUCAAUUUCACACAGCUGUCUAUUGACUCAUGUGACAGGAAUGAUUCAGGAAAAUACACACUUACCCUGACUAAUAGCAGUGGCUCUGUGUCUGAGUUUGUUUCAGUUAAAGUUCUAGACACACCAGGGGCCCCACAGAACCUUGUAGUUAAAGAUAUCAAAAAUGACUCUGUCAUUCUUGUAUGGGAUGCACCACUGAUUGAUGGAGGUUCCAAAAUCAAGAACUAUGUAAUWGACAAGCGUGAAUCAACCAGGAAAGCAUAUGCAAACGUGUCCACAAAAUGCUCCAAGACUACAUUCAAAGUUGAAAACUUGAUUGAAGGAGCUAUGUACUACUUCAGAGUCAUGGCCGAGAAUGAAUAUGGAGUUGGUCAGCCUGUAGAGACCAAAACUGCUUCCAAAGCCUCUGAAGUACCACUGCCUGUUGGAACUGUUUUCCUGACUGAUGUCACCAAAGCCAGUGCUACCUUGACUUGGGAGAAACCUGAGUAUGAUGGAGGCAGUAGAAUUGGUGGCUAUCUGAUUGAGAUGCAACCAAAAGGCACAGAUAAGUGGGGAGUAGCAACAAAUACAAAAACAUGUGAGGGAACUGUGACAGGUCUAACAGCAGGAGCAGAAUACCUUUUCCGAAUCAUUGCAUACAAUGAGAAGGGAAAGAGUGAGCCAAAAGCACUUGCUGCACCAGUGAUUGCAAGCGACAUGACCAUGGAGCCAAGCAUUAGAAUGCAAUUUAACACUUACAGUGUGUUAGCUGGAAAAGAUAUUAAGCUAGAGUUCCCUGUGUUUGGCAGGCCCAAACCUAAGAUCACCUGGGCUAAGGAUGAUCAAGCUUUCAAGGUGACAUCCAGAGUCAAUGUAUUCAACACUCCAUCAACAACUGGAAUUCAAAUUACAGAGGCAUGCAAAGAUGACUUUGGAAAAUAUUCCAUUGUUGCUACAAAUAGUGUUAGCACUAUUACUGAAGACAUCACUGUCAUUAUCCUUGACAAGCCUGGUCCACCAAAGGGUCCUAUCAAAGUUAUUGAAGUGAGCAACACCUUUGUCCAUCUCUCCUGGGAGCCCCCAGAAUACACUGGUGGAUGUCAAGUAAAGAACUACAUAGUGGAAAAGCGAGAUACCACAACCACAACAUGGCAACCAGUGAUCUCACAGCUGGCCAGAACAGCUUUCAAGGUUACAAAGCUGAAGACUGGUGCAGAAUACCAAUUCAGAAUCAUUGCUGAAAACAGAUAUGGAAAAGGUGUGCCUCUUGACUCUAAGAGCAUUGUGGUGCAAUAUCCAUACAAACCACCUGGGCCUCCAGGAACACCAUAUGUAAAAUACGCAACAAAAGAAAUGAUGAUAAUUGAAUGGAACGAGCCAGUUAAUGAUGGUGGAAGUGCGGUCAUUGGUUACCAUCUAGAAAGUAAAGAGAGAAGCAGCAUUCUUUGGAACAAACUGAACAAGACUCUAAUCACAGAUACUCAGUUCAAGAUCUGCAAUCUUGAAGAGGGUGUUGGAUAUGAAUUCAGGGUUUAUGCAGAAAAUAUUGUUGCCAUUGGACGAUGCAGUAAAGUAUCUGAGUCUUUUGUUGCUCGUGACCCAUGUGAUCCUCCUGGUGCUCCAGAAGCAGUUUCUAUUUCUAAGAAUCUGAUCAAGAUUCAGUGGACCAAGCCUCAGUAUGAUGGUGGUAGUAAAGUAAAUGGAUAUAUCGUAGAAAGAAAAGAUCUCUCUUCUCCAGAAGGGCGCUGGGUAAGAGCUAACUUUACUAAUAUAAUUGAGACAGAAUAUACAGUCACUGGUCUGACAGAAAAUGAGCAAUACGAAUUCAGAGUUAUUGCAAGAAAUGCGGCUGGAGUUUUCAGUGAACCAUCAGACAGCUCUGGACCCAUCACUGCCACUGAUGAAAUUGAACCACCAAGGGCUUCAAUGGAUCCAAAAUACAAGGAUGUUAUUGUUGUCAAUGCUGGAGAGAGUUUGAUUUUUGAUGCAGACAUUUAUGGAAAACCAAUUCCUGAUGUUGUCUGGCUAAAAGAAGGCAAAGAAAUAGAGAGAGCUUUGCGCAUUGAUGUAAAAACCACGCAGAAACGUGCAGCUAUGGUGAUUAAGGAUGUAACUAAACUUGAUGGUGGUCACUAUGAGCUUGUUCUCAAAAAUCUUGGUGGUACAAAAACCUUCCCUAUCACUGUUAAAGUCCUUGAUAGACCAGGUCCUCCCGUUGGACCCAUGAAGGUGACUGGAGUCAUGGCUGAUAGAUGCAUUCUUGCCUGGUCUGAACCAACUCUGGAUGGUGGAGCUAGUAUCAGUCACUAUGUUUUAGAGAAGAGAGAGACCAGCAGGUUAUCGUGGAUGGUAGCUGCACCAAAUAUCAAGGGUCUGUACCAAAAAGUAACAAAUCUGCUCUCAGGAAAUGAGUACAUUUUCAGAGUGAGAGCUGUCAACAAAUAUGGUGCUGGCGAUUUUCUUGAGAGUGAGCCCAUCAUUGCACGCAAUCCAUACAAGCCACCUAGUGCUCCUGGAACUCCAGAAGCAAGUCAGAUUACAAAGGAUUCUAUGAUUCUAUCAUGGACAGCUCCAGAACACACAGGUGGAAUCGACAUUCAAGGCUACCACCUUGAAAAGCGUGACAAAGAUAGUGUAAGGUGGACAAAAUGCAACAGACAAAAGCUGACAGAAACUCAUUUCAAGGUCACAGGUCUAACUACAGACCACUUCUAUGAGUUCCGUGUUGCUGCUGAGAAUGAGGCUGGAAUAGGAGACCUGAGUGAAUUAUCACUUUUCUACAGAGCAUGUGAUGCCACAACACCACCUGGACCACCACACCACCCUAAGGUGAUAGACUACACAAAGUCUUCUGUGUCACUCUCCUGGGGUAAACCUGACUUUGAUGGUGGAGCCUACAUCAAGGGCUACAUUGUUGAAAUGAGGGAAUAUACACCAGUCCCUGGAUCAACAGAGGAGGCAGAAGUAGCACCAACAAUAGAGACAGCUGUUGAAAAAGAAUGGAACACGUGUACUCCACCUACAGGUAUUCAAGCCACCAAACUCACCAUUACAGACUUGAAGGAGGGUGGAGAGUACCAGUUCCGUGUCUGUGCUAUCAAUUCAGAGGGAGUAGGGGAGGCUGCUAAUGUUCAUGGCACAGUGGUUACUUCGGACAGGUCAGAGGUACCAGAGAUGGAGCUGGACGCAGAUCUCAGAAAAGUGGUAUCUGUUCGUGCUGGUGGAACUCUGCGUUUGUUUGUCACUAUAAGAGGAAAACCUGAGCCUUCUGUGAAAUGGGAAAAGAUUGAGGAUACUCUUACAGAGCGUGCUGCUGUUGAUACUACUAGUUCAUACACAAUGCUUGUCAUUGACAAUGUUCACCGCUUUGACAGUGGAAAAUACUCACUGACACUUCAGAACAGCAGUGGUACAAAAUCAGCAGUUAUUUCUGUAAGAAUUUUGGACACACCAAGUGCACCACAAAACUUUACUGUGAAAGAGCUUAGGAAGGAUUCAGUAACUCUUGCCUGGGAUAUACCACUCAAUGAUGGUGGCUCAAAAAUUACAAAUUAUGUUGUUGAGAAAAGAGAGUCUGUCAGGAAGGCUUACACCACUAUCACCAGCAACUGCACAGCCAACUUAUUUAAGAUUGAAGACCUCCCUGAGGGUGGAAUUUUCUUUUUCAGAGUUUCUGCUGUUAAUACAUAUGGCCAGGGACAGUCAGUUGAAACAAAAGAAAUCAAAGUGUCUGAAGUGCCUUUGCCACCAAACAAAGUAUCGCUUGUGGAUGUGACAAAAACCAGUGUCUCACUGACUUGGGAUAAACCUACUCAUGAUGGUGGAAGCAAAGUAAUGUGCUACAAUGUAGAAUUCAAACCUAAGACUGGCGACAAAUGGGGCACAGCAUGCACAGUCAAAGUACCAGAAGCAACUAUUCCAAAUUUAACUCCUAAUGAAGCAUAUUUAUUCAGGGUUAUUGCAAUCAAUGAGAAGGGAAAGAGUGAACCAAAGGAACUAGGUUUGCCUGUGGUUUCUAAAGACGUUGCAAUAGAACCAUCAAUAAAUUUACUGUUUAAUACAUAUAGUGUGAAGGCUGGAGAUGAUCUCACUCUUGAAGUUCCAGUAUCAGGAAGGCCCAAGCCUGUUGUAUCCUGGAAAAAAGAUGGUCUUCCUUUGAAGCAAACAUCAUCAGUAACUAUUUUAAAUACUGCAACUUCAUCAAAAAUUAUCAUCAAACAAGCUAACAAAGAGCAUGUUGGCAAGUAUGAAAUCACCUUGGCAAACACUGCAGGAACGGUAACAUCYGAUAUUGGAAUUGUUGUCCUCGACAAACCCGGACCACCUAAAGGAAUUAAGGUAGAUGCUGUGACCUCAGACAGCAUUACAAUGUCCUGGUCCCCACCGGAAUACGAUGGCGGGUGCUCCAUCAGCAAUUAUAUAGUGGAAAAGAGAGACACAAAUACACAGGAAUGGCAGAUGGUAGCAAGUAAUGUACCCAGAACAUCUUUCAAAGCUGGUCGCCUGACACAUGGAGCAGAGUACCAAUUCCGCAUCUAUGCAGUUAAUCGUUAUGGAAAGAGCACCUCCCUUGAUUCACCUGGAAUUACUGCUCAGUAUAGCUUCAAACAACCUGGACCUCCAUCUACACCCAUUGUGAAACUGGCCACUAAGUCAUACAUGCUGGUGACCUGGAAUGAGCCAGUUAGUGAUGGUGGUAGUCCUGUUCUAGGCUAUCAUCUGGAGAAGAAGGAACGUUCUAGCAUUCUUUGGACAAAGAUGAACAGAGGAAUGAUCAAAGAUACAGAAUUCAAAGUCACUGGUAUUGAAAGUGGGAUGAUGUAUGAAUACCGUGUCUAUGCUGAAAAUAUUGCUGGUAUUGGUAAAUGCAGUAAGGCCUGUGAACCUGUUGCAGCCAGAGAUCCAUGUGAUCCUCCAGGCACACCUGUGGUCACUGCCAUUACAAGAACAUCUGUCUCCUUAUCUUGGGAUAAACCAGAGUACGAUGGUGGAGCAAAGAUUUCUGGCUACGUAAUUGAACGAAGGGACCUUCCCGAAGGACGAUGGACAAGAUGCAACUUUACCAAUGUGCCUGAGACUCACUAUGAUGUGACAGGCCUUACAGAAAACAGCCAGUAUGAUUUCCGGAUCAUUGCAAAAAAUGCAGCUGGACAGUUUAGUAUACCAUCAGAUAACACAGGGCCUAUCACUGUAAAAGAUGACGUAGACCCACCACGCAUCAUGAUGGAUGUCAAAUUUAGAGAGACGGUGUUUGUGAAAGCAGGAGAAACUCUAAAGAUUAAUGCUGAUUUUGCUGGACGUCCUGCCCCUCUCAUCUGCUGGACCAAGGAUGAAAAAGAGAUUGAGCUGAGAGCCAGGAUCCAUAUUGUCUCAAAUGAUUCAAGCACUUGCAUCAUUGUAAAGGACUGUAUCAGAGGAGAUUCUGGACAGUAUGUCCUAACUCUACAGAAUAUUACUGGAACAGUCAGUAUGCCAAUAAAUUGUGUGGUUCUAGACAGACCUGGGCCCUCAGCAGGUCCACUCCAAAUCACUGGUCUCACAUCUGAGGAGUGCACACUGACAUGGGGUCCUCCCCAGGAAAGUGGUGGUGCUAAGGUCACUCAUUAUGUUGUUGAGAAGCGUGAGACGAGCCGUUUGGCAUGGACAUUAGUUAAAGGAGAUGUCACAAAAACCUUCUUUAAAGUCACAGGUCUGCUCAAAGGCAAUGAGUAUAUCUUCAGAGUUUUGGCUGUUAACAAGUUUGGACUGGGUGAGGCCCUUGAAAGUGAGACAAUAAAAGUUACUGACCCAUACACAUUACCAACUGCUCCAUUUAGUGUUGAUGUAACAUCUAUAACUGGAGAUUCAAUGACCCUCACUUGGUGUAAACCAGUCAGCGAUGGAGGGAGUCCCAUAACUGGAUAUGUGAUUGAGCGUCGUGAAAAGACAAACAUGCGUUGGGUCAGAGUUAACAGAGAUGCAGUUGUUGAGUGUACCACUGUAGUGACAAAACUUCGAAAGGGUUGUGAGUAUGACUUCAGAGUUUAUGCCGAAAACGCAGCUGGUGUGAGUCCUCAGAGUGACCCAUCUGCAGCAUUCAGAGCACUUGAUCCUCAUGUUGUUCCUUCUCGCCCAACCAAACCAAAAGUUGUAAAUUCCACGAAAAACAGYGUGUCUAUUGUCUGGAAGCCCCCAACAAAUGAUGGUGGUGCACCUAUUUUAGGAUAUAGUGUAGAAUACAGAGAAUUUAAACGCAAACGAGAGCCAGAGGUUGAAGAAGAAGAGGAAUACUAUGAGGAAGAGGAAACUGAGUCACCUGAAGAACUAGCAAGAUGGAUUGAGGCCAUUCCUCUUUCAAAGAGCUUGGAAUUCACAAUCACUGGAUUAAAGACAGAUGCAGAAUAUGAAUUCUGUGUAAAGGCAAUAAACAAAGUUGGAUGCAGUGUUCGUAGCCGUUAUUCAGAUCCAGCUGCAGCAGCAGACAGAACUUCCGAGCCAUCAUUCGAUGUUAACAUUGAGAUGCGGAAAGUUCUUAUUGCAAAGCAUGGUACAUCAUUUACCCUGAAUGUGCCAUUCAAAGGAAACCCUGUGCCAUCUGCUGAAUGGACUAAGGAGGGUGUUGAUCUAAAAGUCAGAGGAACCAUUGAAUCAACAGAAUCUAGCACUUCAUUAACUAUUGAGAAGUCAACAAGAUAUGACUCUGGAGAGUACAUUGUCACUAUUGAAUCACCACUAGGAAAAGCAACAUUGCCCAUGGUAGUGAAAGUGCUAGACUCCCCUGGACCCCCAACCAAUGUUAAAGUUUCAUCUGUAACCAGGGAUUCUGCAACUCUCACUUGGGAGGCUCCAGAAAAUGAUGGAGGGGAUGCAGUAAAAGCGUACCAUGUGGAGAAACGUGAAGCAAGUAAAAAAGCCUGGGUAUCUGUGACAAGCAACUGCCAUGCUUUGGCCUACAAGGUAGAAGACCUGCAGGAGGGAGCUGUCUAUUACUUCAGAAUUAUUGCAGAAAAUGAGCAGGGAGUGGGUGUGCCUCAAGAAGCAAAGGCUGGAACAAAGAUUACAGAGGUACCAAGUCCACCCAUGAAACUUGGAGUAGCAAAUGUUACUAAGGACAGUGUUACAAUUGCAUGGACAAGACCAGAGUAUGAUGGUGGAAGCAGAGUCACUGGUUACCUCAUUGACGCUCUAGAGAAAGGACAGACCAAGUGGGUGAAGUGUGCCACUGUAAGGACCAUGACUCACACCAUUAAGAGCCUGAGAGAAGGAGCUGAGUACUUCUUCAGGGUUCGUGCUGAGAAUCAUGCUGGACUCAGUGAAGCUAAAGAGAUGAUUGUUCCAGUCAUCAUUAAGGAGAUACAAGAGGCUCCAGAAUUUGAUUUGAAGAAUUAUCCCAAGAACACAGUUUAUGUGAAAGCUGGAUCUGAUCUGACCUUUGAGAUUCCUCUCACUGGCAAGCCCAAACCAAAGGUGACACUAUCCAAAAAUAAUGUUGUAAUCAAAGGAUCCAAGAGGCUUCUGACAGAAGUUACUCCAGACAGCUUAAUCAUUACCCUAAAUGAAAGCAUUUCAAGUGAUGCUGGAAAGUAUGACAUCACAGCCUCAAAUGCAGGAGGUACCACCAAGAUCUUUAUUAGCAUCAUUGUGCUGGACAGACCCGGACCUCCUGUUGGUCCAGUUCACAUUGGAGAGGUUGGAGAGACCACAGUAUGUUUAAAAUGGGUUCCUCCAGAGUAUGACGGUGGCAGUCCUGUCACAAAUUACAUUGUUCUGAAACGUGAAACAAGCACUCCUGCUUGGGUCGAAGUAUCAACCAGCAUCGCAAGAAGUGCCAUCAAGGUGACCAAGCUCACCAAGGGAGAGGAGUAUCAGUUCAGAAUCAAAGCCCAGAAUCGUUACGGCGUAAGCGACCAUAUUGACAGCAAGCCAGUCAUGAUUAAACUUCCAUACAGUAUCCCAGGUCCACCAUCCACACCAUGGGUUGGCUUUGUUUCCAGAGAGAAUCUGACAGUGUGCUGGAAUGAGCCAGUAAAUGAUGGUGGAAGUCCUGUGAUAGGAUAUCACCUUCAGAUGAAAGAGAGGAGCAGCAUCCUCUGGCAGAAAGUCAACAAGACAGCAAUMCCAGGAAACCAGUGGAGAGUCACAAACAUCUGCCCCGGUCUCAUCUAUGAAUUCAAGGUGGCAGCAGAAAAUGCUGCAGGCAUUGGAAAGCUAAGCAAAACAUCCGAAGAGGUGCUUGCCAUUGAUGCCUGUGAGCCCCCAGCAAAUGUCCAUAUCACUGAAGUCACCAAGAACUCUGUGAGCCUGGUCUGGCAGAGACCUCCCUACGAUGGAGGCAGCAAAAUUACUGGCUACAGUGUGGAGAGGAGAGAGGCUUCUAAUGGCAGAUGGGUGAAGGCCAACUUUUCAAACAUCAUUGAGAUGGGCUUCACUGUAUCAGGACUAAGCCAAGAUGAAUCUUACGAGUUCAGAGUGUACGCAAAGAACGCUGUUGGAUCAGUCAGCGGCCCAUCACUUAUUGCUGGCCCUGUCAGCUGUGUUGAUGCAUGUGGUGCUCCAUGUAUUGAUCUUCCUCCUGAGUAUCUGGAUGUGGUUCAGUACAAGGCAGGGGCUUCAGUGAAACUCAGAGUAGGAAUCAUUGCCAAGCCUCUGCCAACGAUCGAGUGGCUUAAGGAUGGAAACGAGCUGGUAACAUCUUCUACUGUGUCUGUUGAAAGCACGACGGACUCCUCUGCUGUUCUGAUCAAGGAUGCAACUCGUAUUCAGACAGGCUCAUAUGAGAUUAAGAUUAAAAAUGUUCUGGGCUCCGCAUCGGCAACUAUCAGGAUUGAAAUUCUUGAUAAACCUGGACCCCCAGCAGGUCUCAUUAAUUUCAACUCAAUUACAGCAGACAGAAUCAUCUUUAGCUGGGAACCUGUGCCUGAGUYUGACCAGGGAGGUUCUAAAGUGACCCACUAUAUUGUUGAGAGGCGUGAAACCAGCAGAGUUGUCUGGUCAACAGUUUCAGAUAAACAAGAGCAAACACACAUCUCUGUUGGAAAGCUGGUGCAUGGAAAUGAGUAUGUAUUCCGUGUAAUGGGUGUUAACAAGUUUGGAGUUGGAGAACCACUUGAGUCUGAGCCAGUCAUCGCUAAGAAUGCCUUUGUAACACCUGGUCAGCCCCAUACUCCAGAAGUGAAUAUCAUUACCAAGUCCACCAUGCUAGUAGAAUGGAAUAAGCCAGGCGUGGAUGGUGGCAGCCCUGUGACUGGCUACUACAUGGAGAGACGUGAUAAAAAGAGCUUGCGCUGGGUCAGAGUUUAUAAAGACCCUAUCACUGAUGUCAAACAGAUGGUGUACCACCUGACAGAAGGACAUGAAUACCAAUAUCGUGUCUGUGCCAUGAACAAAGCUGGUGAGGGGCCAUUCUCUGAUGCAUCAGAUUACUAUAAGGCCGCUGACCCAGUUGAUCCACCAGAUGAGCCUUGCAAAUUGAAGGUUGUGGACUCAACCAAGACAUCCAUUACUUUGGGUUGGUCCAAACCACAAUGGAAUGGAGGCAGUGAGGUCAUCAGCUACAUGGUGGAGAAACUUGUUGAAGGAGAGAAAGAAUGGACAAUGAUUACUUCUAAGGGGGAGGUCAAGACAACAGAGUACACAGUUCAUGAUCUGAAACCAGAUGUAAAUUAUUUCUUCAGAGUUUCCGCUGUAAAUUGUGCUGGCCGUGGAGAGCCUCUGGAGAUGAUUGAUCCUGUGCAGGCCAAAGAUAUUCUAGAGGAGGCCCAGAUUGACUCAGAUGUUGCAAUGAGAACUCACUACAUUGUAAAGGCUGGAAAAGAUGUAGAGUUGUCUGUUCCUUUGAAGGGCAGACCUGCUCCCACAGCUUCUUGGAGCAAAGGAGAAGAAUGCAUCGAUSGCAAUCCCAAAUAUGAAUUCCACCACACAGACAUAACCACAGUACUCGUUAUGCGUGAAGUGACCAGGCUUGAUACUGGAAAAUACACAGUCAAAAUAGAAAAUGGUGUGGGAGAACCGAAGACACUGACUCUGUCAGUGAAGGUCCAGGACACUCCAGCUCAAUGCAGGAACCUGAUUCUAAAGGAUGUGACGCGAGGAAAGGUCACACUUUGCUGGGAUCCUCCACUCCUUGAUGGCGGUGCUGAGAUCACAAACUACGUCGUUGAAAAAAGGGAUUCCUCUAAGAGAUCCUACUCUGCAGUGACAAGCAAAUGCACUAAUACUACAUACACCAUUGAAGAUCUCUCAGAAAAGACAUCUUUCUUCUUCCGUGUCUUAGCYGAGAAUGAGAAUGGUAUUGGUGAUCCAUGUGAAACACCAGAGCCUGUGAAGGCCACAGAGACUCCAGGACCAGUCAAGGAAAUUUCAAUGAAAGAUUCAUCUAAGACCUCUAUCACUUUACAGUGGCUGAAGCCUGAUUAUGAUGGUGGAAGUAUCAUCGCUGACUACAUAAUUGAGAAGAAGCUAAAGAACGAGGAGUGGUCACUGGGAGGAGUAAGCAGGCAGUGUGAGUUUGAGGUCAAGAAACUCAAGGAACACUCCGAAGUGUUUUUCAGAAUUGCAGCCAGGAAUGAGAAGGGCCAGGGUGAUUUUGUUGAAAGUGGACCUAUCAAGGUCAUUGACUAUAUUAUCACUCCAGAAGCAGACCUCAGAGAGUAUCCAGAUGGUAGCAUCAGUGUUCGUUUGGGCCAUAAUGUCCACAUUGAGCUGCCAUACAGAGGCAAACCCAGGCCUUCUGUUCUGUGGUUAAAGGACAGCUUGCCUCUGAAGGAGAGUGACCAAGUGCGCUUUAAGACAACAGAAAACAAAGCCACUCUAAUGAUUAAAAAUGUGAAAAAGGAAAAUGAAGGCAAAUACACCCUGACCCUUGAUAAUAAGGUAAACAGAAAAUCCUUCCACAUGCAUGUCAUUACUCUUGGACCACCAUCGAAGCCUGUUGGACCCAUUCGCCUAGAUGAAGUGAGAGCUGAGAACAUCAUGAUCUCCUGGGAUGAACCUAAUGAUGAUGGUGGUGGAGAUAUCAGCUGCUACACUGUGGAGAAACGAGAUACCUCAAAGACUGACUGGAAGAUGGCGUGCUCCAGUGUAGAAGGAACUCAGUUCAGGGUCCCUAACUUGAUUAAGGGUGUSCAAUACCAGUUCAGAGUAUGUGCUGAAAACAGGUAUGGUGUCAGUGAGCCUCUGGUUUCACAGAUGGUUAUUGCCAAGCACCAAUUUAGACCUCCGGGCCCACCAGGCAAGCCAAUUGUUUACAAUGUUACCAACGAUGGUAUGACAAUCCAGUGGGAAAAACCCAUCUAUGAUGGUGGAACCCCGAUCCAGGGAUACCAUGUGGAGAAGAAGGAAAAGAACAGCAUCAUGUGGCAAAAAGUGAACACGGUGUUGAUAAAAGAAAUGGAUUACAGGAUUCUGGAGCUCAUUGAAGGCCUUGAGUACACCUUCAGAGUCUAUGCUCAGAAUGAUGCUGGCUUCAGCCGAAUGAGUGAUGAGAGCAAGACAACAAUGGCUGUCAGUCCUGUUGAUCCUCCUGGACAGCCUGACUACACUGAUGUAACYAGCGACUCAGUGACACUGAAAUGGGAUGCACCUAAACGUGAUGGUGGUAGUAAGAUCACUAGUUACAACAUUGAGAAACGUCAAGGGMACGGUCGCUGGUUCAAGGCCAACCUUACCGAUGUGCAUGACUGUCAUCACACUGUAACAGGACUGGCAACAAAUGAACGCUAUGAGUUCAGAGUCAUUGCUAGAAAUGCCAUUGGUGUUGUUAGUCCYCCUUCUAACUCCUCUGGAUUAAUUGCAGUCAGAAGUGAAAAUGCUGCACCAAAUAUUGAGUUUGGUCCAGAAUACUUUGAAGGUUUGACAGUAAAAGCAGGAGACAACAUCUGGCUGAAGGUGACCAUCACUGGGCGCCCCGUUCCCAAGGUUGUAUGGUACAGAGAUGGUGUAGUGAUUACCAAAAAAAUGAUGGACAUCAUCACUGUUCCUGGAUCCAGUACUGUAGCUGUCAGAGAUGCUGAUCGCACACACCGGGGCCUCUACACUGUAGAAGCUACAAAUGGUUCAGGAACUAAGAAGGAGAGCAUCCUCGUCCAAGUCCAAGAUACACCUGGGGAGCCAGUGGGACCAGUCACUUUCAGUAAUAUCUCAGAAGGCAAAUGCACUCUGUCUUGGAACCCACCAGAGAAUGAUGGCUGUUCUGACAUUUCACAUUACGUCAUUGAGAAACGAGAGACUGCCAAGAUCUCUUGGGCCUUAGUWUUUGAUGAAUGUAAGGAGUGUACCUUUAAUGCUACCAAACUCAUCAAGACCAAUGAGUACCAGUUUAGGGUCUCUGCAGUUAACAAGUUUGGAGUUAGCAGGCCUUUGGAGUCAAGCCCUAUUAUUGCACAGAUGCAAUAUACAACUCCUGAUGCUCCAGGAACUCCUGAUGCCACUGAAGUGUCAGGAGAGAGUAUCACCCUGGCAUGGACUCCUCCAUCAUCUGAUGGGGGAAACCCCAUUCAGUAUUACAUCAUAGAGAAACGAGAAAAGAAAACUGUUCGUUUCUACAAAGUGAUUACCAAGAAGCCUAUCAUUGAAUGUGCUCACAAGGUGCUUAACCUGACAGAAGAUAUGGAAUAUGAGUUCCGUGUCAUGGCUGUCAAUGAUGCAGGUGUUGGUGCCCCAAGCAACAUCUCUUUGCCUAUCAAGGCUGCUGAACCUAAAGAUAUUCCAUGUGCUCCAUCUGUGGUCUGUGUGUCAGACUCCACAAACACCUCCAUUAGCUUGGAAUGGAGCAGGCCUGUGGACAAUGGAGGUAUGGAAAUUCUUGGAUAUAUUAUUGAGAUGGUGAAGGGAGAAGAAACUGAAUGGAAGAGAGCAAAUGAGGAGCUUGUGGUUGAAACAAAUUAUACAGUAUCCGGUCUACAGACAGGAGCAAUGUACAAGUUCCGUGUUGCUGCUGUCAAUCACAUAGGAAAAGGUGAACACAAGGAGAUCAUGGAACCUACAGAGGCUGUUGACAGGUUAACACCACCACAGGUGGAUAUUGAUGCCACCUUCAAGCAGACACACAUUGUCAAGGCUGGAGGUUCUGUGUGUUUGGGCAUCCAUUUCAGAGGAAAACCCAUUCCUGCUGUUACCUGGGUGAAGGAGGAAGGAGAUCUGAGUGUAAUGUCAGAGAUUUCAACUACUGAUGGUUACAGCUCUUUAAGUAUUGAAAACUGCACAAGAUAUGACACAGGAAAAUACACCGUUAACCUGGAAAAUGCCAGUGGCAGUAAAGCCAUUACAUUUGUGGUGAAAGUGUUGGACACUCCUGGACCGCCACAGGCUGUUACUUUCAAAGAAGUCUGCCGAGGCUCAGUCACGCUUACUUGGAAACCACCUGUCAACGAUGGUGGAGCUCGAAUUCACCACUUUAUUGUUGAAAGGCGUGAGGCUAGCCGCCGCACUUGGCAGCAAUCUGGUGGAAAGUGCACACAGUGUAUCCUCAAGAUACAAGACCUCCUGGAGGGAGUGCCAUAUUUCUUCAGAGUCUCAGCUGAAAACCAGCAUGGCAUGGGUGAGGCAUUUGAGCUUACUGAACCAGUUGUGGCCACUGCAGAGCCAGCAUCUCCAAAAAGACUGGAUGUCCUGGAUACCACAGACAACUCUGUGUUCCUGGGCUGGCUGAAGCCAGAGCAUGAUGGAGGCAGUCGCAUCCAAAGUUAUGUCAUUGAGGCUAGGCCAAAGGGUGCAGACAAAUGGAUAGUAAUUGGUAACACUAAGAAUCUUAGCUAUGUUGUUGAAAAGCUUAAUAAGGGUGAUGAAUAUGACUUCCGUGUUAAGGCUAAAAAUGAAUCUGGCUACAGCAUGCCCAAGGAAACUCUAGCUCCUGUCCUGGUCAAAGAACCUCAUAUUGAACCUACUGCUGACCUCAGUGAAAUAGCCAACCAGCUUGUGACAUGCAGAUCUGGUAGCACCUUCACCAUUGAUGUUCCUAUUAGUGGUAGACCUGCUCCUAAAGUCACCUGGAAGUUGGAGGAAAUGAGACUUAAGAACUCAGACAGAGUCACCAUCAAAGUAACAAAGGAUAGAGCCAGUAUCUCUGUCAAGGAGUCCAUGAGAGGAGAUGGGGGUAAAUAUUACCUGACUCUAGAAAAUGUUGCUGGAACCAAGACAUUCACUGUUGAAGUUAAUGUCACAGGCAGACCCAGUCCUCCAGCUGGACCCAUUGAAAUAUCAUCCAUCACUUCUGAGUCUUGUGUUGUUAACUGGCAACCACCUGAAGAUGAUGGUGGCACUGACAUCACCAACUACAUUGUGGAAAAGCGUGAGUCUGGUUCUACAGCUUGGCAGCUGAUCAACUCCAGUGUGAAGCGCACAUCUCUUCAUGUUAGUCACCUGACCAAAUACAUGCAGUACACAUUCAGAGUUUCUGCUGAGAACAGGUUCGGAGUCAGCAAGCCCACAGAGUCUGAGACGAUAGUUGCAGAGCAUCCUUUCUCACCUCCAGGCCCUCCAACGAGACCCUCAGUCUUUAAUGUCACAGCAAACUCAAUAACCCUAAAAUGGGAGGAGCCCUACCAUGAUGGUGGAAGCAAGGUGACAGGCUACUGGAUUGAGAAGAAGGAGAGGAACAAUAUAUUGUGGGUUAGGGAAAAUAAGAUCCCAUGCUUUGAGUGCUACUACCAGGCAGAAGGCUUGGUUGAAGGCCUAGAGUACCAGUUUAGGGUUUAUGCCAUGAACAGUGCUGGACUCAGCAAAGCCAGUGAAGCCUCCAAGGGAGUAGUUGCUCAAAACCCAGUUGAUCCACCCAGUAAACCUGAAGUCACAAAUGUUACCAGAACCACUGUCUCCCUGAAAUGGUCAGCUCCAUUGAAUGAUGGUGGCAGUCCCGUUGUGGGCUACAUCAUUGAGCGUAAGCCAUACACUCUGACAGGUGAGGGUCGCUGGCUCAAGUGUAACUAUACCAAUGUGACAGACAACUUCUACACUGUUACGGCUUUGGGAGAGGGAGAGGCCUAUGAGUUCAGGGUCAUUGCCAAGAACGGAAACCAGGUCUUUAGCACACCAUCUGAAUCCACAGGAUCCGUGCAGUGCAAGACUGACUUUGAGCCUCCAAAAGCCCAGCUAGACAGCAAGCUUCUGUCUGAAACAGUAAUGGUCAGAGCUGGUUCAGAUCUGGUUCUGGAUGCUGCAGUGGGAGGUAGACCUGACCCCAAGGCUUUCUGGUCCAAGGGCAACAGGGAGCUGGAUUUGUGUGAGAAAUACCACCUGCAGUACACUCCCCACAGGGCUAUGGCCAUCAUCAAAUUCUGUGACCGAGAUGACACUGGAAAAUACAUUCUGACAGUCAGGAACGUAAGUGGAACAAAGACUGCAGAAGUCAAUGUGAAAGUGCUUGACACACCUGGAGUGUGUGAAGGCAGCAUUGAGAUCACCAAGAUAACAGAGGAGUCAUGCACACUGAGCUGGAAACCUCCUCUGGAGGACGGUGGCGAUGAGGUCACUCACUACAUUGUAGAGAGGCGUGACACUAACAGACUCAACUGGGUAAUCAUGCAUGCAGAGUGCAAGGAACUGACAUGCAACAUCACUGGUCUGUUCAAGAACACAGAGUACUUGUUCAGAGUCUGUGGAGUCAAUAAGUAUGGAGCCGGCRUUUACCUCAAGUCACAGCCAAUGGUGGCCAGAAACACUUUCACUAAACCCAGUCCUCCUGGAGCUCCAGAGAUCCUGGCAUCAGGAAAAGAUUUUGCUACUAUUGAGUGGCUGAAGCCAGAGAGUGAUGGUGGCAGCCCAUUAACUCAUUACCUGGUAGAAAGGCGUGAGAGAAAGAGUGCCCGCUGGGUAAAGGUGAACAGGGAUGGUGCUCAUCUGGACACGCUUCUGAAGGUGUCUGGUUUAACUGAAGGCAAUAUCUACCAGUUUAGAGUAACGGCUAUCAACAAGGCUGGGGAAAGUGAGCCCAGUGAGGUUUCACUCUAUGUUGUCUGCAGAGUACCGACAAGCACUCCUGCUCCUCCAUCUAUUCCUCGUAUAACCGACACCCAUUCUGAGAGCAUUAGCCUUGCCUGGUCUCGACCUGUGGAGGAUGGAGGGGCCGAUGUCAUCGGCUACAUUUUGGAGAUGCAGGAGGCUGGAACAGAGGAAUGGAAGAAGGCCCAUGAAAAGACGAUGCGUGCCACAGAGUUUGUGGCAAUUGGACUUUCUGCAGGCAAGAAGUAUCGCUUCAGAGUGGCUGGUAUUAAUGUCAAUGGAACAGGAGAUUUCAGUGAACCAUGUGCUGAGACGGAGCCAGUGGAGAGAAUUGAACCUCCUGAUUUUGAACUCCAUGAUGACCUCAAAAAGACCAUCUGUCUGCGUGCUGGGGGCUCCCUUCGUCUGUUUGUUAAYAUUACUGGCCGUCCUGCUCCUACAAUCUCUUGGACCAAACCUGGUGUUGAUCUCCAAAACAGAGGCUUCAUCGAGGUUACCAACACAUCCACCACCCUCAUCAUUGACAAGGUCCACCGUUACGAUGCUGGCAAAUACACUCUGGUGGCUGAGAACUCUGCUGGAAAACAAGAAGUCAAUAUUCUUGUCAAGGUCUAUGAUACACCUGGACCAACAGGGCCAAUCAAGAUCAAAGAGCUCACAAAAGACACUGCCACUAUCUCUUGGGAAGCCCCAACUGUGGAUGGUGGCGCCCCUGUUAACAACUACAUCAUUGAAAGGCGAGAAGCUUCCAUGAGAGCCUACAAGACUGUCACAUCCAAGUGCAGCAAAACAUCAUACAAGAUUGAUGGUCUGAUGGAGGGCAUGCUGUAUUACUUCCGUGUCCUCCCUGAAAACAUUUACGGUGUUGGUGAGCCCCGUGAGACUCCAGACGUUGUCCUGGUUUGUGAGGUGCCUCUUCCACCACACAAGCUGGAGGUGAUUGAUGUGACGAAGAGCACAGUCACCCUGGGCUGGGAAAAGCCAGAGCACGAUGGUGGUAGCAGGCUGACCGCCUACAUUAUUGAAGCAUGCAAGUUUGGCACUGACAAGUGGAUGAAGGUGGCUACACUGAAACUGACAGACUUUGAGCACACUAUUGAAAAGCUGAAUGAGAAAGAGCAGUACUUGUUUAGAAUCAAAGCCAUCAACAGCAGAGGAGCCAGCGAGCCCAAAGAGCUUGUUGCUGCCAUCACUGUACAAGAACAAAGAGUGAUGCCUGCAGUGGAUUUGACCAGUAUUCCUCAGAAGGUUGUCAAUGUUCUAGCGGGUAAGACCUUGGAAGUGAACCUGCCGAUYAUUGGCAGACCUCCUCCCGUCUGUGCCUGGUACUUUGGUGACAAAAGGGUAAAAAUCACAGACCGUGUGAAGAUCAAGAGCACUAGCAAGUUCUCCAAACUGACUGUGUCUGACACCACCAUUGAUGACAGUGGUGACUACACUCUGGAAGUGAAAAACGCUGUUGGAGUCAUCACCGAGGUCAUAAAGGCCGUCAUCCUCUCUAAACCUGAUGAGCCAAAGGGACCCAUCAGGUUUGAUGAGAUCGAUGCCACGACGGUCACCUGCAGCUGGGAUCCUCCAGUCAGAGAUGGUGGAGCUCCCAUCAGUGGUUAUGUAGUUGAACAACGUGAUGCUCACAGACCUGGCUGGGUGCCUGUCUGUGACUCUGUUAGCCGACCAAUGUUCAGGUUUGACAACCUAAUUGAGGGAGAUGAGUAUGUCUUCCGUGCAGCUGCUACAAAUCGCUAUGGCACAGGAGAGUUCCUGCAGUCUGAGAUUGUCACUUGUAGGAGCCUGAAGAAUGUGCCUGGACCUCCGGGUCGUCCAAUCACCUUUGAUGUAUCUCGUGAUGGAAUGACCGUGGCCUGGGAACCGCCAGAUGAAGAUGGUGGUCUUGAAGUUUCUGGAUAUAUUAUUGAACGCAAAGAAGUAAGAGCUGACCGAUGGGUACGUGCCAACAAGAACCCUGUGACCAUGACCAGAUAUAGAUCAACUGGGCUGAUUGAAGGGUUGGAGUAUGAACACAGAAUCACUGCCAUUAAUUCAAGAGGACUGAGCAAACCAAGUCUGCCAUCCAAACCAGCAGUAGCAACAGAUCCCAUUGAUCCUCCUGGUUGUCCUCAGAACCCAAGAAUCACAGAUACUACCAAGUCCUCUGUAUCACUGGCCUGGAAUCCUCCUGAUGAUGAAGGAGAUGCCAGGGUGGAUGGGUAUCUAAUUGAGAUGCAGAAGGUGGGCACACUGGUCUGGAACAAGUGCAACACAACACCGUCUCUGAUCUGUGAGUACACGCUGACCAACAUGCCUCAAGGAGAAGAGUUCAAAUUCCAUGUGAUGGCAUGCAAUGCUGGUGGGCCUGGAGAACCUGCUGAAGUACCUGGAACAGUCAAAGUCACAGAGAUGCUUGAACCUCCUGACUAUGACCUGGAGCUGAAAUACAAAGACCUGUAUGUGGUUCGUCAUGGAGGAGUGGUUAGACUGUCUGUACCCAUUAAAGGAAAACCCCUUCCAACCUGCAAGUGGUUGAAGGAUGGUGGUGCAGUCUCCACCAGAGCCAUGAUUGCCUCCACGGAGGAUGCCAGUGAGCUGGUGAUCAAAGGAGCAGAAAGAAGUGAGUCUGGUCUGUAUGAGCUCCUGCUAGAGAAUAAGGUUGGCAAGAAGAAAGCACAAAUUAAAGUCAAGGUCAUUGGCCGCCCAAGUGCUCCAGAGGGACCAAUGGUCUUCGAAGAAAUUCAAGCCAAUUCUGUCAAGGUUUCAUGGAAGCCACCUACCAAUGAUGGUGGCUCAGAGAUCCUUGGCUACAUUGUAGAAAGACGUGAAACAGCCAGAAAUGCCUGGUACACUGUGGACUCUAGAGUGACUGAGACUCAACUCAUUGUUAAGGGCCUAAAAGAGGGAACAGAGUACCACUUCAAAGUCACAGCUGAAAAUUCCUUUGGUAUUAGUGGAUCUCUAAAAUCUGAGCAGCCACUGGUACCCAAGACUCCCCUCUGUCCACCUGAGCCUUCAACGGCUCCACCUGAGAUCAUGGAUGUAACCAAGAGUUCAGUGGCACUGGCCUGGUCCAGACCUAAGGACGAUGGUGGUUCUGCCAUCACUGGCUAUUUUGUUGAGUACAAGGCUGUGUCUGUUGAGACAUGGUCACGCCAUGAGACCAAGAUCACCUCUACCAUGUUUACUCUGCAUGGACUAACUCCUGAUACAGACUACCAGUUCUGCAUUGUUGCUGUCAACAAUAUAGGUGAAAGCCAGGCUGGUCCUGCAUCUGAUCCUGUCACAUGCAAAGAUCCAUUUGACAAACCCAGCCAGCCAGGUGAGAUUGACACUGUGAAUGUGAGUAACAACUUUAUUACCAUUCACUGGCAAGCUCCAGAGUGUGAUGGUGGAAAGGAGGUUCUAGGCUACUGGGUAGAGUACAGAAAAUCAAUUGAGAGCACAUGGAAGAAGUGCAACAAGGAGAGACUAAAAGAAAAGGAAUUCACCAUGCCAGGUCUGGCUGAGGCAACAGAAUAUGAGUUCAGGGUGUUUGCUGAGAAUGAAACUGGAAUAAGCAGACCUCGUAGGACUGCCACAUGCAUCAAGACUAAACUGAUGGCUGAAAGCAAACCAAGCUUGAGAAAGGAAAUGGAUGAAGUUACAGCCAAGCUUGGUCAACCUGCUGUCAUGAAAUGUCAGAUUGUUGGUCGACCUGUACCUGAAAUUAAGUGGUAUCAUGACGGCAAGGAGAUUGUUGAGUCCCGCAAGUACGAGAUGAGCUCUGAUGGCCGCAACCACUCUCUGUCUAUUAUGACUGAUCAGCAAGAGGAUGAGGGAGAAUACACCUGCAAAGCUAUUAAUGAUGCAGGAGAGGCUGAGGCCACUGGUGUUCUAGUGUUGGAGGCUCCUCCAUCCUUCCAUCCUGAUUAUCCACUGAAAGAAACAUACUAUGCUGGUCUUGGAACUACUCUCCGCAUCCAUGCUGCUUACAUUGGUCGUCCCCAGCCAAAGAUCAUGUGGUUACAAGGGGCCAAAACACUAGAGAACACAGAAGACAUUAACAUUGAGACCACAGAGCAUUACACUCACCUGGUUAUCAAGAAUGUCCAGCGCAGAGUGCAUGGAGGAAAAUACAGAGUUAGACUGCACAAUCACUUUGGCAGGGCUGACACUGCAUUCAAUGUUGAAAUCUACGACAAACCUGAUAUACCUCAGGGACCCAUUGUCCUGGAUGCCCUGCUCAAGAACUCUGUCAUCAUCAGCUGGAAACCUCCCAAGGAUGAUGGAGGCUGCAUGAUCACCAACUACAUUGUGGAGAAGCGAGAAGAUGCAGAGGGCACUGAGUGGGAACUGGUCUCUUCAUCCAUAAACAGCACAUCAUGCCGUGUGCCCAACCUCAUUGACAGCGCUGGUUACUUCUUCCGUGUGUAUGCUCAGAAUCGCUAUGGCAGCAGUGAGCCACUGGAGCUCACUUCACCUAUCCUAAUCAAAAGCCAGCUGGAGAGACCAUCACCACCUUUGUCGCCAGUCGUUUCUGGAAUCACAAAGGACUCCUGUGUGGUUUCCUGGAAACCUCCACUCAGUGAUGGUGGCUCUAAGAUCAAAAGCUACUGCCUUGAGAAGAAGCACAAGAAGGAUAGAAAAGAAUGGGCAGACUGGACUCCAGUGACUACAGAUGAGAUCAAACAAACUGUCUUUUCGGUCAAGCACCUCACUGAGGGCACUGAAUACAUCUUCCGUGUCAAGUGUGAAAACCUUGGAGGAGAAAGCGACUACAGUGAGGAGACCAGUCCUAUCAUUCCAGCCACAGCAGUGGAAGUCCGUGCUCCUGCCUUCAAGGAAGAGCUGAGGAACAUGAGUGUCAAGUACAAGAGCAAUGCUACCCUGGUUUGCAAGAUCACAGGACAGCCUAAGCCUGUGAUUAAAUGGUUCAGAAGGGGAAAGGAGAUUCAAUCAGAUGGAAAGAAGAUCAAGAUCCAGGAAUUUAAGGGAGGAUACCACCAGCUGGUCAUCACUGAAGCUGAUGAGGAGGACUCCACUGUUUACCAGAUCAGGGCCACCAACCAAGGGGGCUCUAUAUGUGCUACAGUCUCUCUGGAUGUUGAAAUCCCUGCCAAGAUCCACUUACCAAAGAAUCUAAAGGACAAAGAAGCCAUCCCUGCCCUGCGUGGGGAAGUAGUCAAUAUCAAGAUCCCUUUCAGUGGUAAACCAGAUCCAGUCAUCACAUGGCAGAAGGGACAAGAUCUCAUUGACAGCAAUGGCCACUACCAGGUGAUCGUCACCAGAUCCUUCACUUCGCUGGUGUUCCCCAAUGGAGUAGAUAAGAAAGAUGCCGGUUUCUACAUUGUCUGUGCCAAGAACAGAUUUGGCAUUGACCAGCAAACAGUAGAACUGGAUGUUGCUGAUGUGCCUGAUCCACCACGUGGUGUCAAAGCCAGUGACAUCUCCAGAGACUCAGUCACACUGAACUGGGUGGCCCCAGCAAAUGAUGGUGGCAGCAGGGUCAUAAGUUACAUCAUUGAAAAGUGUCCAACCACAGCUGAGAGGUGGGAACGUGUUGCUCAGUCCCGUGACACCCACUACACUGUUAUUAAUUUGUUUGGAGGAACAAGCUACCAAUUUAGAAUCAUUGCUGAGAACAAGUUUGGACAUAGUGCCCCAUCAGAGAGCAGUGGGCCUGUCAUGACCAAAGAAGACAAAUCUAGGGUUCUGCUUUAUGACAGGGAGGUUGAUGACACUGAACGAGUUCCCAAAGGCAAAGCUCAACAUUCUGACACCAAGAACAUGCAUAACAAAUACUCCAUCGCAGAAGAAUUGGGCAGAGGACAAUUUGGCAUUGUCCACCGCUGUGUUGACAUCAGCUCUGAGAAAACUUACAUGGCUAAAUUUGUCAAAGUGAGAGGUGCUGAUCAGGCAAUAAUAAAGAAAGAAAUAGCAACACUGAACUUAGCCAGACAUGCUAACUUCCUCCUCCUUCAUGAAUCCUUUGAAAGCCCUGAGGAGUUGGUGAUGAUCUAUGACUUCAUCUCUGGUCAUGACAUUUUCGAGCGUCUUAAUACAGCAGAGUUUGAGCUCAGUGAGCGUGAGAUUGCAAACUAUAUCAGGCAGGUGUGCUCAGCCCUGGAGUUUUUGCAUUCUGAGAGGUAUGGACACCUUGAUAUUAGACCUGAGAACAUUGUGUACACAACUAGAACCAGCUCCACUGUAAAAAUUAUUGAGUUGGGGCAGUCCAGGCACCUAACUCCUGGAGAACAGAUCAAGAUUCAGUACACCACUGCAGAAUAUGCUGCUCCCGAGAUUCACCAGUGUGACAUGGUUAGCACAGUCACUGAUAUGUGGUCCGUUGGUGUUCUUACCUAUGUACUCCUUAGUGGACUUAAUCCAUUCACAGCUGAAACCAACCAACAAAUGAUUGAUAAUAUAUCAAAUGCAGUCUACAGCUAUGAUGAUGAGUGCUUCAAGCAAGUCAGUGUAGAAGCCUUAGACUUCACAGAUCGUCUAAUGACAAAAGAACGCAAGCAUCGUAUGAGAGCAGCUGAAGCUUUGGCGCAUCCUUGGCUUACAAAACCUGCUGAAGAGAUCAGUGCCAGAGCAAUCCCAGCCGGCAGGCACAAGAGAUACUAUCAAGCAAUGGUCAGGAAAGAAUGGAGCACUGUUGUCUCUGCAGCACGUGUCGCUAGUGGCGGUUCAAUCAGGUCCCAGCGUGGAGUCUUUGUGUCCAAGGUAAAGAUUGCUCCAUUUGAACAUGGUCCUCUGGCAGGUCAGAUUAACCAUGCAGUGUUGACUGAGGGAGACAAUGUGAAGUUCAUCUGUAACAUUGAAAACUAUGACAGCACCACUGAAGUCACAUGGUACUGUGGUGUCAGGCAACUUGAAGCUGGAGACAAAUAUGAAAUUGAAUACGAGGAUGGUCUAGCUGUAAUAACCAUCAACAAGGUCACAAGAGCAGAUGAUGGUACUUACAGAUGCAAGGUUGUAAAUGAAUAUGGUGAGGACAGCUCCUAUGCUGAGCUGUUUGUCAGAGGCGUUAGAUCUUACCGUGACUUCUUUACCACCCGUGUGGUAAGGAGAACAAAGCGCAGAGUUGAUACAGCCAGAAUGCUUCAGAAGCCACCAGAGUUCACGCUCCCUCUAGUCAAUCGCACUGCUUAUCUUGGUGAGGAUGUACGUUUUGGUGUCACAAUCACUGUUCACCCCGAGCCUCGUGUCAUCUGGCACAAGUCUGGGCAAAAGCUCAUCCCUGGACAAGAUGACAGGAAAUACACCUUCAUAAGUGACAAGGGCUUGUACCAAUUGAUUAUCCACAACCUGGAAAAAGAAGAUGAUGCUGAGUAUAGUGUUGUGGCCCGCAACAGGUACGGUGACGACAUCUGCAAGGCUCGCCUUACUGUCGUUCCCAGACCUAAACCAGCGGAUCUCACCCUGAGGCCCAUGUUCAAACGGUUGCUGGCAAAUGUUGAGUGCAAGGAGGGUCAGAAUGUCCGUUUUGAGAUUAGGGUUUCUGGUCGUCCAUCACUGAAAUGGGAGAAGGAUGGCACACCCUUAGCCUUUGGACCAUCCAUUGAGGUUGUUCAUGAGGGCUUGGACUAUUAUAUUCUUCAUGUAAAAGACACUCUUCCUGAGGACUCUGGUGUGUACAGAGUCACAGCUACCAACUCUGCUGGAUCUGCCAGUUGCCAAGCAACACUCAAAGUAGAGAGAGUAACUCAUGUCAAGAAGGACUACGAGACCAGCAAAAGGGAGAAGAAAGGACUGGCCGGGCAGGAAGAAUUAGACAAAAAGGUCAGACUAUCUCAGAUUUUGUCAGGUACCGUUGUUUCACCUCUGCCACCUUUAGCUGUAGAAGCUGUCAGGGAGGCAGCCACUAUGUUCAAACCUGCUGUCACAACUAAAAAGGGUGAAAAGACUAAGGCUGAGAUAAAGAAAGAACAAGAGGAGAGGAAGAAACGGGCAGAUGAGAAGAGGUUACGUAUGCCUUAUGUUGUCCCUGCACCUCGCGUCGUUAACCCUGCUGUUCUUGAGGAGGAUGUGGAAAUAAAACACUUUCAGCCACUCUCGGACAUGAAAUGGUACAAGAAGCUGCGGGAUCAAUACGAGUUCCCUGAGCCAAUGGAAAAGAUUCGACAGAAGAGGAUGAAACGUAUUCGCCUCUCCAGGUGGGAACAGUUCUAUGAGGUGCCCAUCAGAAUCAAGGAACAGUAUAAGCCUAAGUGGCGAUUCUCAUCCCUGACUCAAGAUGACUUAGAGACUGUGAGGCCUGCAAGAUAUCGCACUCCUUCUCCUGAGACAGAUUCCUAUCGCAGAAUCAGGAGGAGGUCUCUGGGAGAUCUCUCAGAUGAGGAGCUGCUGCUGCCUGUGAAUGAGUAUCUGUCCAUGAAGAGAACAGAGGAGGAGAGGCUUCAUCUGGAAGAGGAGCUGGAACUAGGCUACUCUGCUUCUCCACCAAGUCUCAGCCCAGUUCGCUUUGAGCUGCCUGCCUUACGUUCCUCCUCUCCAAGGAAGAUUUAUAGUGAGGAGGAGGAAGGAGAAGAGGUUAAAAGAUACGACUCCUACAGAAUUCCAUCUAAAUAUGAAGCUGGCCCAAGCUUUGUUGACCUUCGCCAGCGACAUGACAAAGCCACUUACACACCUCCAAGGCAGAAACAAAAAGUCUACGAAGAGAGAGAAGAUCUGGAACUGCUGCGCCCUCAUACGACUACGGAGAGAAUCUCAUCUUACAAGAGUCAGCUGAAACGGUUGGAAUUUGAGGAGAAGACACGAACUGCCAAAAAGGAAACAGAUGUUACAGUUUCAGCCUUCUCUGAGACCACUGAAUCUGAGCAUCUGACUACUUUUACAUCAGAAUAUGUACCUAAACCAAUCAAAAAACUUCCUUUACCUGAACCAGCAGUAAGAAAAUCUCCUACCUUCGAAAAGACCUUGAAAACAGAUGUUACGUUUCCUAAAGUGGACUAUUUAUCCAGGUAUGAAGAGAGAAAAAAGACUCUCAUAUCUGAGAGAAAAUCUGUAGAGAAGACAGUUGAGGUGGUGACACAGGUUCCCUUUAGCCUUGACCACUCCCCACGUAUUACCAUCAGGAUGCGUUCUCAUCGUGUUCCCUAUGGCUCCAACACAAGGUUUACCCUGAAUAUCCAAGCUAAACCUGAGCCUGAGAUCACCUGGUUCCACAAUGGGGAUGAGAUUCAUCAGAGCAGCAAAUACCACAUGACCAACAUCAGUGGUGUUCUAACUCUCCAGAUCAACAGCUGUGAGACUGAAGAUUCUGGUACCUACCGUGUGUUCUGUAAGAACAGCAAAGGAGAAACUUCUGACUAUGCUACAUUGGAUGUAACAGGUGAGGAAUAUGCUGUUUUCUCAUCCCUCCGCAAAGACGAGGAACCUCCAUCGGCCCAUCUACCAGAGAUGACCCGAACAGAAGUUUACCAUGUUUCAUCUUCUAAAACAAGUGAAGAGAAAGUUGUCACUGAAACUGUGAAAGAGAGUGCCACUGUUGUUGAGAAGCCAAAAGAGAAGCCAUGUGUUCCUGCCACAAUUGUAACCAAACCACAAUCUUUGACCGUGGAGGAAGGCAACAAUGCCAGGUUUGCAUGUGAUGUUGAUGGUGAUCCAGCCCCCUCUAUCAACUGGCUACAUGAAGGAGAAGUUGUUGGUCCCUCUGCCCGUCACCACAUUGUCUCUACUCAGUACAACUCCAGCUUUGAGAUCUCUGCUGUUGACAAGUCUGAUGAAGGAAGCUACACACUACUGGUAGAAAACUCUGGGGGAAAACAGGAAGCCCAUUUCACUUUAACAAUCAAAAAGUCUGAACCAAAGGAAGAAAUAGUUGCCUCUCCCAGAGUUACUUCUCCAGAGGCUAAGUCACCUCUUGCCAAGUCUCCUGAACCAGUCAAAUCUCCUCAGAGAAUUAAGUCUCCUGAACCAGUCAAGUCACCUCAAAGAGUAAAGUCCCCAGUCUCACCUAAAUCCCCAACACCUAAAUCUCCUACGCCAAAAUCCCCUACUCCCAAAUCCCCAACUUCAUCUGAAAGGGAACAAGUGAUCUCUCCAUUCAAGUCCCCAAAGAGAGUGAUGUCACCACCUCCUAAAACAAAGCCAUCCUUCUCAGGUGGACUGAGUGACAUCACUGCACCUCCUGACUCCAUCAUUAAACUGUCUGUAAAGGUGAUGGGAGAGCCUAAACCUGCAAUCUCCUGGAUGAAGAAUGGAAAGGUUCUGUCUCAAGGCGGGAAGUAUAAAAUGUUUGAGGAUGGAAGUUCAGCUCAUCUAGAGAUCUGUGAAUCAGCUAUCUCUGAUAGUGGGGUGUACAAGUGCACCGUUAGCAACACUGCUGGUGCAGCAGAAUCCACCUGCACAGUCACUGUACCAGACUUAAGGAGCUCCAAAACGAUCUCAGAGGAAGUUCUGAAAAAGGAAACCAAAUCUUUUGUGAAGGAGGUGAAAUCUUCACAAAGCCUGAUGUCGAUUUCAGAGGGACAAGCUCUGACUCUGAGGGCCAACAUUCCAGGGGCCUUCUGCAUCAGAUGGAUCCUGAAUGGGAUGGAACUAUCCAACUCGGAGCAGUACAGAUAUGGAGUGUCUGGAAAUGAUCAGACACUGACCAUCAGGUGUGUCAGCCAGCAGGAACAGGGGACAAUCACCUGUGAGGCUGAAACAGAGCAGGGCCCGGUUCAGUGUCACUUCAACACCAAAAUCACAGCCAAGCACUCAGAAGCACCACACUUCCUGGUGCAGCCCAAGUCCCAGAAUGUUACAGAGGGAGAAAAGGUUACAUUUACCUGUGAAAUUACAGGAGAGCCUUCCCCUGAAGUGGAGUGGUUAAAGGACAACAUACUUAUUUCUGUCACACCAAACAUUAGACUGAGUCGCUCCAAGAACUUCUACACUCUGGAAAUAUGUGAAGCCACAGUUGCAGACAUUGGAAAAUACACAAUAACAGCCAGGAACCAGUUUGGAACGUGCUCUGCAACUUCAUCCCUCAACGUCUUCACACUUGUUGAGGAACCAAGAAAAAUGAUAAAAGCGGACGACAGAGCUCUUACUGAUGCUGCUGUGAGCAUGCAGAAACAAUUCUCGGCCUCCUCGGUUCGUACGGAGGCCGGCAGCUACAGCAGCGCUUCCCGCUCUGCGGUCGGCCAUUAUUCUUUUGAGAGCAUGUCUGCAACUAACAUUUCUGCCAUGAUGGCUGAGUCAGUGGUUUCCACAAGCUCCAGCCGGAUGACGGAAAUGUCUGCCCUGUCGCAUGUUGAAUCCCUCACCACAGCAGCUAAACGAGGCUCUCCACCAAAGAUCGAAGCUCUUCCUCAGCGUGUCAGCGCUGAGUCAGGAGAAUCCCUGACUGUGACAGGUGUGUUCUCUGGAGACCCCGCCCCCUUUGUCCAGUGGGUCCACUCGGGUCAGACUCUCCCUAACGAGGAUGAGCGUAUCCAUGUGGGGGUCAAAGAGGAUGUGUCCACCCUGAUGAUCUGUGCAGUGAAGGAGGCAGACGCAGGAGCGUACACCCUCCGRCUGUCCAACGAGUUCGGCUCUGACUCUGCAACCGUCAACAUUCACAUCCGGUCCAUGUAAAAAACAUUAUAUACCCCAUUUCUGUCUCCAUUUCUCUCAUCCCACACUGUUUAUUUACAACCUUACUUGAUAAAGAUCAGGAAUUUUCUUGUAAAUAGGAACUAUUUUUGUACCAAACGUGACAUGAAUUUUUGCCAAAGUAGACUAAAGUCUAAAGUUGUUWUAAAAUGUGCCAUAUUGGAUAACAUUGACUUAGGAUGUUUGAACCUGUGACAUGUAUAUAAUGUAUAUAGCCGAAUUUACCGGUUAUGGGAAAUGUAUGCAUUGUUAUUUAAGACAAUAAUAUAAAGAGAAACUUAAAGCAACUUAAUGUAGUUUAACAGGAGAAAGUUUCGACAGAAACGAAUACCUUGUUAAAGUGAGAAACUAAACUCUGUGCCUCAACGAACAGUUGAAGUCUAAGUUUGCCUCAACAGGUAGAGAGGCUCCCUGUUGAUGUUACGAAACAGAAACAGAAAGAUAAAGUUCUUUACCUGCGUCUGUGCGUAGGAUUUUACAGUUUCCUGUAAGUUGUACCAUGAGCGUAAGGCCCUGAGCGCUGUUUGCAUCACCCUCAUGUAAGCAGCGUGAUGCGGCCUUGUGUUCAGACUGACUGUGUCGUACUGCCGUAUGAUGACCUGCAGAGGGCGUAAGCGGCCUGCGCUCUCUGCAUCACGAUUCAUUUGAAGAAAAAAAAAAAACGCUGCUUCUGCCACAACACAGCUGGCUGGGCUUCUCAACAGAAACAUCUCCUGGCCAUGGGUGAACAGGAAGUCAAUGCCAGCUCUGCUGUGCAGAAACAGCGCCACCUCCUGGUGGAGAGUAGCUAACAUGUUAGUGUUUUUGGUGUGAGUGUAGCUUGUAGUUGUUUCUUUGUGUCAUUAGUCAGGGUUUUCUUUGUUCACAUCACAGAGUGUAUCUCCUGUGAGAGGAACACUUCUGCUUGAUGCCCUGCACUUUGGUUGAAUUAAUCUGCUGAUUUAGAACAUUUCAUCCUGGAGUUCUAUGCAUUACUGAUUUAAUAAAGCAUGAUUUCAGCACUACA